UGUGCUGCAGGGUACUAUACAGUAGACAAUGCAUCACAUUCCUGUCAGCCCUGUCCUGCAGGAAGCCGCUGCCCAUUAAGAGAUAGCCUACCAGUGGCAUGUCUCUUUAGUCAGGUAAAACCUGCUGUUUGGCCUGUUUUGAACAUCAUUAUUCUUUUUUGUUCGGUCACGUGGCAGUUCUUGUGUUCGUCUUGUCUCAUGUCAUUUUUGGGAGCGUUGUAAUCUUUUGAUCAUCUUGUGUGAAUGCUGGGAAAUGUUACUGCUACUAGCACAGCUGAUGUGGCUACUUCAUCAGACAAAAUGUUGAAGCAAUUUAUCUUCAUCAUUAUUAUCAUCAUCAUUGUCGUCAUCGUCGUCAUCACCAUCAUAUCGUCAUCAUUAUCACCACCACCCCCACCAUCAACAUCAUCACCAUCAUCAUCACUGCGACCAUCCAUUAUUGUCCUUGUCUAUCAUAACAGUCCCUGCGUUGUCAUUAUUGCACCGUGGGCACGAUUUCAUCCAUAUCGCGCAGCUGUUAAUUUAUUUAAUCACUAUUCUUUUAUGUGUAUAGACCUUUAACGCGGUGAAAUGCGUUUUAUUUGUUACAGUAUUCACCAGAGGCUUCAGCUGAAUGUCUUUCAUGCCCUGCUGGAAAGAUCUGUUCUGAUCCUACGCUUCCGCCAGUGACAUGUGCUGUAAGUAUGGUUAUUGUUGCUGUUGACAACAGGCAACAAUAAGAGGCUUUUGAGGCUUUUGUGUCUUCUUUGAAAUAAGACACGCUUGCCGUAACAUUUUUGUACAAGACUAGAAUAUUGGUAGUAUUUUUGGUUUAUCAAUGCAACGAUCUUUUUACUGCAUGGCUAAACGUUUUAUUCUUUGUAGGUUGGUACAUAUAGCAAUGGGUCACAAUGCAUCCCCUGCGACAUUGGCCAUUACUGUCCAUCGCCACUGAAUGUUCCUCAACCUUGCCCUCAAGGCACCUAUGCCAGCGAAACUGGUUCAGUUUCUUGUAAAGCUUGCGAUGCAGGACAUUCUUGUUUGAACCCUUCAAACACCCCUGUUCCUUGUGCCAGAGGAGAAUACAGUAUUGCUGGACAAACAACGUGCACGGUAGGCGUAUUACUCAAUUUUGUUCUAAUUCCUUUAUUACCAGAAAUGGUCAGGGUCAAAGUUAAACACAAUUCUACAUUUUAUUUUGUAACAUGCUGAAAAACAAAUAGUGCCAUGUGGAAGAGCUGUCAAAGAGCUUUCAUUUGAAUGGUCAUACCAUAAGAUUUCUUCCACAGACUCAAAAGUUAAAAUGUUUAGAGAUGAUUCAUGGUUGGUGUUUAAUGUUCUGCCAAGUAAUUUUCGGUCUUGUUUCCUUCAAACAGAAAUGCCCAGAUGGAAGAUACAGUCUUGGUGCCGCAUCAGUGUGUGACAUCUGUCCCGCUGGACGAUCCUGCAUGAAUGGCUCUGAUCCAAUACCCCCAACUGAGUGCAAUCCCGGAACUUACAGUCCACCAGGAGUAGGAAUUUGUCAUGCAUGUCCCCUGGGGACACAUUCCAGUACAGGGGCAUCUUUUUGCUCCCCUUGCCCCGCAGGGCACACAUGCAAUGACCCCAGCGAGUCCCCUGUUCCUUGUUCCUCUACAGAAUACUGGAACAAUGGUGGAGAGGUACGAAUGGGGGUCCUGUUCUUAAGCUUGUCCACAAAACCUAUUUGAUCAAAUGGUGAUCAUCAUGUCAAGUAGUCUACCCAGAGAUAUUCUUGGGGCCCGUCACGCGUUUUUUUUCUCAAAUGCGUGAUAGAGCCCUUAGAACGGGUAGGCGAAAAGCUAACUUUGAUGUUACUGUUUGUAAAACGUCGCACUACUGCAGGGUCUCAUUAACAUAGAUUGCUAGGAAGUAAAGAAGGUGGCUUGGUUAUUGAGUGCUGUAGGCAAUUUCAGGCUUCACUGUCUCACUUUCUAUUUCCCCAAAAAGUAAUUGGAACCCUGACUACUUCAUUCAAGUCAAUUAGAUUACCCCGGUUCUUUUAACCUAAAUGCAUUGUCUGGUCUGUGCUGUCUACGUAACAAGUAAAAUGCAAACUCAAGAUUUCUACCAGGAGAUACUUUACAAGGGGUUGCCAUUAGAAAUUUAGAGUAACUCUUGAUGAGAAUUAAACAACACUUCCUAAUCGCAAGUAGUGCCUGAAAACGUGACAUUUUUCCUCUAGAAGCUUGACUUUUUUCGUGACUUAACACUUCCAAAGCAAUCUUCAUUCCUUUUUUUAUCUUGAUGGGUACAGAUUCCUCGAUGUGUUCCUUGUCCUGCUGGCUAUAGCUGUGCAAACAACACUCAGCCACCGGUACCUUGUAUGCCUGGGUAUUUCUCCCUUCAAGGAAACGCCUCCUGCACACAGUGUCAAGCAGGACAAGCUUGUAGUGACCCUGCGCAGGCUCCAAAACACUGUUCCAUUGGCACCUACAGUGAAGUUGUAAGUAUAUGUCUACUUUUAUUGUUUUGUUAGUUGUUUCCGUAACCAAUACAAGAUAGAGCGGUUUUCAUUUGAGUGUCGAAAAGUAAUUGGUUUUGCACUUUCUACACGAUGCGAUUGGCUUAAAAGAUUCGCGCCACCUUUUCAUCCAAUCAGAAGUAAAACCAAAGCCAAUUGUGACGCGCUCGCAUGCAUUUUCCCGCGCUUUGCGUCAGCCACCUGUAAUUACUUCGAGUUUUGAUUGGUUCAAUGUAUUGUCUGUGUCCUAUGUGAUUGGCCAGAGUAAUUACUUUGGUUUUGGUUUUACGACACUCAAACGAAAACCACUCUAACAUAUUAUGGUACUUUCUAACCAUUUCUCUGGAGGUAGUCCGCCUGGGCAUCAACAUAAGCAUUUUCAUUUUGGUUAGCGUGCCGUUUUCUCUCGUUCUUUGAUUCAUGGCACGCGUUCAAAAUACCAAUUAAUAAUAAAAUAAAAUACUCAGUGCUUCAAUGAGGGCCGAUUUUAACAUUCUUUUUUAACAACACUGUCGGUUAGACAUCCUCAGUUAUUCCAGAAGGCAAGUUACCCAGUGUUAGCUGAGUUUACAGCAGGCAAAUUUAAAUCGUGCCCCAAAAUCGCCUGCGUAAAUAGGCCUAAAUAUAUUUUCAAGUAUUAUCUUUUUUAACUGUAAGUACUCUCGAGAACGUAAUCAAGAAAAUGUAAUUCAGGUAAACCCUUAACGGUGUAAUUAUAUCUCACUAACAGGGUGCCACAUCUUGCAAGCACUGUCCUGCUGGGUACAGUUGUCCAACUCCCAGCUCUCCUAUUGCUCGUUGUGCAGCAGGAAGCUUCUCUGUUCGAGGCCAGGCCAACUGUACAGUGUGCCCCAUUGGUUACAUGUGUCCAUCACCCAAGCAGAGAGCUGUUCGCUGUACACUUGGCACUUACACGUUUGGCGAGACAGGGAAAGAGAAUUGCACUGAUUGUCCUGCAAGGUUUCGUUGCCCAAAUCCAGAGUGAGUGUUAUUUUCCCCAAAUACUCGCACUCAUUUCUAGGUUGGCUAUAGUUUGAAAGAAGAAGGCUUGAUUCUGCUUACUCUCAAAAGGAGUUACAACUGAAACACUGGGGCACAGUCGAUUAGUGCACGGCCUUCUGUACGGGACGUUCCUAGUUCGAUUCCUAUAUGCGACCUCAAAUCCUUGUUUCGACUUCUCUCCUUUCUGUGUAGCUGUAAGUAGCUUUAAGUAUCCGUGAAGCGGCGCACUGAUGGAGCGAGGGGGUGAAAUUAGCGUAGCGUUGGCCUCAGGUUUAUCACCAUAAUGUGUACUGUUACGAGCUACCGAUGUAAAAUAAGGACCAUUACCAUUUAAUUUUACUGAGGAAAAAGUUGUAACAGAGAAUGAAACACAACAAUCUUAUGCCACUUAUGACGUCAAGUAUCGGGAUCAUUGUACGUUUCUGGGAAACUGCCCACCUACCCCUCCCCUAAGCCAACAUUUUGACCCAAGUGAGAAGUAAGUGUUAGUGUUGGCUUAGGGGAGGGAUAGGUGGGUAAUGAUCCCAGUAUCGUCAAAUACCAGUGCGGGUUAAACUCAAAACAGCUGAGAAACAUCUACGUCAAUUUCAUAGUCGCAGAGCGGGACUGCAAGCAACACGAAACUCAAAAUGUUGAAGGUAACGCCAUCAUAACUCAUGCAGCCUGCAAAAGAAUAUGCCUCACCACACUUAAAAAGUAUCAGUUACUUUAAUCAAUAGCUUUCCUGUUGUCUUUCUUUUAGGUCAAAUGCGACAGCCUGUUUGAAAGGCUCGUACAGUGUUGGAAAAUCAGUGCGUUGUUGGCCUUGCCCAGCUGGUAAUAAAUGCCCAACAACUGACGUAAGUGACUCACUAGUAGAUACAAUAUAAUUCUAAUGAUUUAUCCUCUAGGCUAACCAUGCAUAAAUAACAAUAUCCAAUUCCACAUGCUUAUCGAAAUAAAAACUGUGAUAUCGGUUUUGUGUUUUGCAUCGUCUUUGGGUGCUAUAGUUGUGUGUAACAUGAUGUGAAACGUGUUUUUCGUUGUGUGUUUCCGCAGGCUUAUCCAAUCCCUUGUGACCCUGGUCAGUAUGCUGUUACUGGGAGUGUGAACUGCACUGACUGUCCAGCAGGUUCCGAGUGUCCAUCAACUCAACAAGGACCUACAAGUCAAUGCGUGCCAGGUUUGUGUUUUUGUUUUGUUUUGGAGAAGCUUUGUUUUGUGGAACUGUUGUAGUUGAAUUUAAUCUGUAGUCUUAAUUUUAGUUUCCUUGAGAACUGAAAUGUAUGGAAACGAGUUUAAACAAAGGUAAAUAAAGUUCAAAUCAAAGAUAAAAUUGAACUAUAACAGAGCCAGAAAUCCUCGGUUCUGAUCAUGAAUUCCCGGUAAAAGGUCUUAAAAAAGAAAUGUUUACCAUCUGCAGAUCAGUUUUAAGGAACCUUUUCUAUUAAUGAAGAUAACAUGAACUGCGGAAACACAGAUUUGAAUUGAGAUAUGAUCGUCGCAGUAGAAAUUGCAAUUUAAGCAAUUGCAAAUUCACUUCAACGGGAUUCAAACCCAUGGCCUCUGUGUUAGCGCUGCAGUGUUCUACCAUCUGAGCUAUAAAGACCCGUAAAUUGGGAGUAGGCCAAUUUGUUGAGUUCAUCUUAACCCGUGAAUGGGUCAUUGAUAUAUGUAUCUUUGUGGCUUCGCUUUUAAUACUGUUUAUUCGAAGUCCUUCAAAGAUAUGUUUUCUGAAAUUGGCUAAGUUUUCGUUAGACCUCUGCUGCAUAUCUGCCAAGACCCUCCCGGAGUUUCCCUAGUGACACAAGGAAGGAUGGUUACAAGGAACCUUCACAGCGGUCAAACGAGCGAAAUUUGCAAAAGUUAAGCGAAAUACUUCAAAGUUAAGGUUGCUACUUUCACUAUCGAAAGUUUAGGGUAUUACCAACAUCCUGUUAGUUUACUAAACUUUUUAAAAGUUUACUAAAAAAGUUCUAAGUGAUUGAAAACCGAUGCUGACGUUAUUAUCGGCGCCAUUUUCAAACAUGAUUCUCUUUUAGCGCGAAGCGUUUUUAGCGAAAAAAGCUCAAAAUUUUGAGAAAAAUGGAAAGACAGUUAUGUUGACUAACUGAUUCAUACAUUUUUGCCCAUUUUUCUCUAACUGGUAAAUGAAAUCCCAGCAAUAAAAAACAAAAAUAACGAUUUAGACGUUUGACCGCGGUGGUCAAGGAACCCAACCCUAGAAGAAUCUUAGAGUCGUCGACCUUUCUGCCCCAUGUCGUGAAUGAAUUUUCACCCACGUGACCAGCCUCUAUGCAAAUUUAUUGAAACAAAAGAAAAUGUUCGGCCGAUGACUCUAAGAUUCUUCUAGGGUUGGUUUCCUUGUAACCAUCCUUCUUUGUGUCACAAAGCAAACUCCGGGAGGGUCUUGGCAAAUAUGCAGCAGUGAUCUAACGAAAACGUAGCAAAUUACAGAAAACAUAUCGUCGAAGGACUUCGGAUAAACAGUAUUAAUAGCCACAAAGAUACAUAUGUUAAUGACCCAUUCACGGCUUCAACCCCCACAGGAUUGGUUUGAAACACCAACAUAGCCACUGUUCCAUGUUUUGGGACACCAAUAUGGCGUACGUGACGUGAUUAAGUGCCCGUAGGCAAAAUACAUUGGAGUUAAUUGAUGAAGAAUCUUCACCCAGCCAACAGUAAAUGUUUCCUUCAUAAACCUUCCUUCACACCUCCUGUCUUUCUUACGUCUUUUAGGAACGUACUCUGUUGGAAAAGCUCAGGCCUGUACUGUCUGUCCAGAAGGAAAGUUCUGUCCAUCAACAACUGUUGCCACGGUGACAGACUGCCCUGGUGGCACAUUCUCAUAUGGUCGUCAGGAACAGUGUACUCCUUGUCCAAAGGGCUGGAAAUGCCCAAAUAAGGAUGGAACUGGAAAUGUUAAAUGUCUGCCUGUAUGUAUGUCGUUUUGCCACAUUGUGUAGCAGAGUAGAGGUCAUUUUUGUUAAAUUGUUUACCGUUAAUUUUUGUGUUAACAAACCUAUGACGAGUCUGGUGAUUAUCAAAAUGAUGAUAAUGAUGAUGGUGGUGGUGGUGGUGGUGAUGGUGAUGGUGAUGGUGAUGAUGAUGAUGAUGAUGAUGUCAUCAACUGAGGUGAUACAACUCACCGACUACGGCACAGGUUGUCGAAACGUCAGUCACUGUCAACAACAACAGUCCUAUUCAGGACUACGUUCACCCGGACGAUCAAACUGAACCUACUUUUGGUGAUGGUAAUGUUGGUGUUGAUGAUGACGAUGAUAUUGAGGGCGGGUGUUAUAACAAUAGUACUGUGGGAUGAUAAUGACGAGGAUGAUAAUGGUGAUGAUGAUUAUGAUGUCGACUGACGACGAGGAUGAUGAUAGUACUGAUGAUGUAAUUGUAACUACAGUGAUACGGUGAUGUUCAAAAUUACGACAAAUAAAAAUCUGAUGGUAUUGAUGAUGGCAAUAGUGAAUCAGCGAUGACAGGUUCAUCUUGGAAUUUUGACGACUCAACCCCUUAACGCUUUCACAGUGACAGUGUUGGAAAAUGGCACUAGUUAUGGCUUAAGGACAGAUGAUGAUGCUCAUCGCUCGUGAUGUGAAUAAUGGCUUUGCGAACUCUGAUGGAGAUGAUGAUAUUGGUAUUAUUACUUCGAUUGGUAAUGGCAAAAGGACUGAGUGAAGUACAGUUCAGCGAAUACCCUUGAAUUGCACGGCACGAAGUCAUAUUACCAAUUGGUUGUUUCAGCAACAAAAUGCGGGAAUCUUAGUCUUAGAAUAUUUAUUAAUGUAAGAGAAAGAUGCCGAAGCUAAAACAUGAUCGGUUACAACUUUGUAUGAAAUUUUCCAGAAUGUGGAAGCUAGCCUGACCGCAUGAUGAACUUUUUUUUCGAGUAACAAGCUGUCAAAGCCUAAAGAAAAAAUCGGAAUAAUUGUCACUGGACCAGUUAGUUUCAUCCAUUUUUCUUUUCCAAUUGAACCUGGACAGCUUACCUGGUCACUAUAUUUUCAUUGAUUUUGGUUGGUUAUCAUGCGCUAUGUAGUUAAAUUUCAUUGGCUAGUGGCAUUUGGAAUUUGAUUUUCAUUGGUUCUUUAACUGUCUGAUUUGACCUGUCCAAUUACAAGCUCCCGGUAAUCGGACAGGUCAAAUCGGUCAGUUUGGAAUUACAAAAGCAAAAUUAGGCUAUGAAUAUGGGCUCUUAAGAACCAAUCAGAUUCAAGCAUUUUGUUAUUGACACAAUUAGGAUGGUACUCUGGUGAAGAUAGUGAAGAUGGGACAGAUUAAUACUGUUAAAUGAAGUAAGUGUCAUGCUGCUAUUAAUGAAAAGAACUGUACUAAUUAUAUCAUUGUCCUUUUCUUUGUCUCCAGGGAUCCUACUCAGUUGGUAGUCAAACGGUUUGUACUCCGUGUCCCGCCGGGGAGGCUUGUCCAAACACAGAUACCAACCAAACUGUAACCUGUUCACCUGGAGAAUAUUCAGUUGGGUCACAAACGGUAUGUCUUGUUUUUCCCUUUCUUUGUUUGUUUGUUUUCUGCGGCUACGGCUCUAAUGGUGGACCGCCACGCCAUUUUGUGGGUAAAUAGAAAUAUUCUUAGAAGUACAAUAGCCUGCGUGGCAAUCAUUCGAAGGGAAAGGGAAUUUGGGCACGCGAGUGCGCGCGCGAAAGGGUAGUUAGGAGGGGUUGCCUUCCCUCCUUUCCUGCGCCCUUCGCUCUUCUCACGCGCAGAAAAUCUUCUUCCUUCCCCUCCCCCCCCCCCCGAACAUCCGCCACUGAGGCUAAACUGCAAAGAAUGUGUCGUAAAAUCACUUUGAAGGGCGUGGUUAAGACCCUGAUCUCAGGUUUUAGUUCGAUCCCUUUUCGCUUUUUUCUUUUCAUUAUCAACAAUAGCAGAGGCUAUUUUAGGACAAAAUAUUCUUGUGACAUCUUCGUUUUCAAAUAAGCUGUAACAGGUUUAGAAAUGCCUACUUUUUACUUAGUCUGUCAAAACAGAAACACGUUAUUAAAGCAAACAUUCUCUUGACAACAAUUGGAAACGUGUUUUUUGUUUCCAGUAUUGCACCAAGUGUCCGCCAGGGUUUCGCUGUCCCAGCACAACAUCAAAUACAGCGACUGAAUGUGCAGAUGGUACGUACAGCAAGGGAGGACAACAAGAUUGUACACCAUGCCCUGCAGGAUAUGCUUGCCCAUCAAAGACAGACGACUUUCAAGUGCAGUGCUCCGCAGGGUAUUACACACUUGGGAAUUCUCAGGUAUGGCCAACAAUAAAAUCAAGGUCUAACCAGACAGCAUCGCGACUUCAUUGACCUGCAAGGUCAACAACUGGAGUUUACCACCAUCAUCAGACGAUAAUCACUAUCAGAACUACCCUAAACCUCCGCUUGUUAGUCUUGGGCUUAUACAUCUUCAUUCGAAAUGGAUUUUAAACAAUCUUUUUUGUUGCUGUUCUUAUCUAAGUAAUGAUGACAUUAAUUUUUAGAGGCCAGGUCCGAAAAUGGUUGUGAAUUGGUUAUGUACCAUAAACGUUUGUCGUCUCGUAAAUCAUAACUCGUAAAUCAUAAAUUAAAAUCGUAAAUCAUUGGUCACAAGUCAUAUCUUGUAAUUCAUAGUGCAGAUAUGUUAAUUAUUUACCAUGAAACACUCACCGUUAGUUGUACGCCAUAAAUCAAAAUCAUAACUCAUAACUCUUGUUGUCAUAAAUCAUAAAUUAUUAUCAUAAAUCAUCGAUCGUAAAUCGUCUCUCAAUCCACAGUCAUAUGUCAAUCAUCCGUUGUCAAUUGUCAAUCUAAAGCCAUAACGCAUACCUCGCGAAUAUGGGUUUUUCAUUGUUUUGUUAAUUCCUUGUAGUUAUUUUUCAAGCUAUUUGUUUUUUACCCACUUGUAAUGUUGUUAAUUGUUGUUAAUCAACAUCUUUUAAUGUUGUUUAUUUUGUGAAAAAACUCGUAAAUUUGGUUAAAGCUUUAGAUUAAACUAAUAUAAUCUGUUUAAAUGCUACUUUUUCUUUUGCUAGCAGCAAAGUGGGGGAUUAAAUGGUAGUAAUUCUUAUGCUCCUCCCAAAUCUGGUGUGAGUAUUAAUGAUAAAAUCUAACUACUGCAGCGAAUUAAUAUAAAAGAGAUUAACUUAAUAAACAGGUCAAUAAAUAAGUAAUAAAUUGUCAAUUGUUAAUAAGCGAAUACUAACAGCGGUACGUAACGCUUAAGCUUCGUUCAAAGCAGCUGUCAAAAUAAGUCAAAUGACAUCAAGUACUUGCUUUGUAAUCUGUAAUUCCAUUUUUAAAUCGUUGACUAAGUAUUUCCCACUCCCUUAGUGUAUUAGCACCUUUAUUUCCUUAGAAGCUAACUUGCUGUGCUAUUAAUGUUGUUUUUAUAAACUCUCUUGAUACUGUACAACAAACCUACUUGGAUACGACAAAGGAGGGAAACCUUGUUAACAUCUCACAGAAUACUUGAAACGAAAAACGCUUGCUACUUUAUUGUCUACAUUGAGUCUUUCAGCUUCGAAAGUAGAAUGUGACGUGCCCGUACUAAAGUAGCAUAAAAAGGGAUUAUUUAAAUGAGAAACUUACUGUAUGAAGAGGUAUGAACAAGGUUUGUAUAAUGGAAUCAAUUGCCACUGUCUAGUCCAAGGACGACAAAAGGCAAUUGACAGGACAAUUCGAAAUAUUCGAUGUGAAGGCUUUAUAGAAAAGAAAGCAAGUCGUAUAAAAAGGUGUAAUGUAAAGAAGUGUUGAUAACCUUCAUAUCAGGGAGGGGGGUAUUGUACGAGAAUUAUGUAGCAAGUUGCUAAGAAAAAAGUCGAUGUUACAGGGUAUUGAAGUCUUCAGCCCACACCACUCUCUGAUUGUUAACCACGUCAUACUGACAUCGCGGAAAGGGUUCCUAUUUAUUUGUAAAAGGUGGCUGAAUGUACUUUUCGCCUUGUGUUUGUAGGUCUGUACCCCUUGUCCAGCCGGCUCGUUCUGUCCAAACAUAACAGCUUCGCCAAUUGAUUGUCCAGACGGUUCUUACAGCUUGGGUUUUGCGACGAGCUGUAUAGACUGCCCAGCUGGUCAUUACUGUCAAACCAACAUGAAAGGCUCCGUUCCUUUACCGUGCCCUGCUGGUGAAUACAGCAACAAAUCGGCCAUCAGCUGCACUACUUGUGAUGCCGGGUAUGCUUGCAAGGGCUCUGAUAUCACUCCGAGACCCCCAUCUGGAUUAUGCCCCAUGGGAUAUUUCUGCCCCGAUGGGCUCAACGAAAACCCUUGCCCGUCAGGUACAUUUGGCAAUGUAACUGGUGCUGCGAGUCAAGCAGCAGGGUGUCCCGCAUGCCCUGCUGGAUAUUACUGCCCAGCGGGAACAAGAGGCUACCCCAGCCACAGGUUUGUUUGUCUUUGAUGUUAUAAUAUGUUAUGUUAUCCUAAAAUAUUCAAUUGACCCUGCUUAUUUUAAGGCAGAGCUAUUUGUCUCGCUUACCCUUACUCUUACCUUCUCACAUUUCUGGCGUUUGUUAAUAUACACUUAGGUCCCAUGGGAAACAGUUAUUUUUUUCGGAUCAAUUUAGGUUCCUGGGAAACUGCCCACCUACCCCUCCCCUAACUCGACGUUAACAUUUGCGCCUCACUUGGGGUAAAGGAGAGAACCAACGACAAACUCAACCCACAUAUGGCGUCGACGCCAGGAUUUGAACCCAGGCCACAUUGGUGGGAGGCGAGUGCUCUCACCACUGCGCCACCCCUUGCUCCAGGAGUCCCCAUAUUUGCCUAAACUGUUCAUCCACAAAAGUGAAAGCUGGCAGUUUAUCUCCUGCCUUAAUUUUUCACGCCACUUUCCACCAUGCUGUAAUCACGUGCUGCUAUAACCCUUUUGGGGAAUUACUGAAUUGUAUCCUGCUCAAGGUAAAUUUGAAUUUAAUCAAGGCCACGUGACCAUGAAUCAACCAACAGUAUUCCAUGGUUUCCUUAUUCCACGGGAAUUUACCUGCUCAAUACCUAGACGAGGGAAUAUUUGUUGUUUAUCCUCUUACAAAGUUAAAAUGAUCAGGAGGCCAGUGAUAGAUACUACUUCAUAAGGAUAUUUAGCCACCUUGAAAACUUCAUAUUGAUACUAAUAAAGAUUUAUCGUUGUGCAGAUUAAAGUGCCCACCUGGUCACUGGUGCACUGAAGGCACCCGAACUCAAUUCGAACACCCCUGUUUAGCUGGCACUUUCAACAAAGAAAUUGGACUGGAACGACAAGACCAGUGUCUUGACUGCCUUCCUGGUUACUACUGUCCUGCCGGUGAUCAGACUGGGGACAGAUUGUGUCCGGCAGGGCAUUACUGUCCAGAUAAGACUGUUGCUGCUAAUGCUCACCGAUGCACUGCUGGGACGUACACGGAGGAACAGGGAGCACAAAGUAAGUUUUUUUCAGCCGUUUUUCGAUGAUGAAAUCUUAUGUUGUUGCCAUUUUGAUUGGGUUAAUCCCGCAAUAACCCUUUAUUAAGCCCCGAUAGUGACCUGCAUCCAAUUUCUCCCAACAUUAACACUGCCUGAUCAAACAGACAGGUAAUGAGAAUUAAUGAAAUGAUCACCAAAGAUAAAUUGUUGUGAUAUUAGAACCAAUUCUCUCAAGCAGUACCAUAAGAAAUGUAUGAAGAACAGUGUAGAGAAGAUGCAUGUUGAUGUUGGGUCUGAAAGGGAUAAUAAGGGCUCAUGUUUGAGGCAAUAUUUUCCUUUUUUCCAAUUCUUGCGUGUCUUAAGCUGAUUUGUUUGCAUUUUUUAGCGUGUGCUUUCCUGAAAAUAAAAUGAAACUAGUACUGUUUGAUUAUUAUUUUGUACGAAAUUUUGAUUUAAGUGCUUUGUCUAGUAAGUAUAAAGCUCGCCUUAUGUGAGAGUUUUCACCCUCGUAAGUUAUUAUACGAAUUUAGACAAGAGUUAUUGGUCGCUGUUGUCAGGUGUGCGGAAAGUAAGCUUUCCUUUGUCGCACAGCUUUCACAGAUUCAAGGCUAGCUGCAAACAAGAGUUAAUGCAAAUAAGGUUACUGUUUGCUCUUAUAGUGGUGUAGUACAUAAUUUAAAGGUAAGUAGAAUCAUGCAGCGUUUUCUGACGGUCUUUUAAACACUUCUCUUAGGUCAGUUGGAUUGUAAAGAUUGUCCUCCAGGCUACUACUGUACAGCAGGAACGCAAGAGCCCGUGGCCUGCCCAAAGGGUUCCUACAACCCCUUGAUUCGUAGAGAAGCACUGGCAGACUGUCGAUCAUGUAUCUCAGGCAUGGCAUGCCCUCAUGCAGGUCUGACAUGGCCACCAGUAAAAUGCGAUGCAGGGUAUUACUGUCCAGCGGGGUCAUCAUUACCAAAUGAGACCAUCCACGCAUGUCCAGCGGGGACGUACACUGACCGUCAUGACUUGACACAUGCAAGAGAGUGCACAUCAUGUCCAGAAAGACAGUCUUGUGAAGCGGGUACCGGAGGCAAGCAGAAACCCCCACAAGAAUGCGCAAAAGGUAAUGUGGGUAAUGAAACCUGGCGAAGUUGCCGUGGAGAUUAUCGUGCUUGGUCAGCGGCCGCACUUAGCCUAUGAAAGCGCUCUGCGUGGUUGCCUGUUGCGGCGUGUAGGGCUGUUAUUUGACACCAUGGUCUUCAGACUGGCACAUAGCAGUCGAAAUGUCACGAACAACAGGAAAGUUAAGCAUCACGUUUUCGGCUAAGGACAGAUUUGGUUGUACAAUUACUACUGAAUCGGACAAUAGUGCAUCUUAAAACGUUCUUCCUCAAGUUUUUCAUGAUUGAAAAACCACAACUGCCAUUUUGAUAACGGCUUACGGCAAACGGGAAAUGCACUAAAACGCAUAAGAAAGUGGUUCGUGGCCAUCUUUGCCGGUUUCGUUAGCUGUAAACGUGAUACUUAGCCCCUCUAAUAUGAGUUAAUAUCGUGAGACAAGCAGAAGAAAUCAGCAAAAGUUUUAUGAUAAUUUCAACCCUCAUGUUGUCUUCCCUUCACUUUUUAAGGCCACUACUGCCCACUUGAAACCCAGAGUCCCACCCAGUACCCUUGUGUAGCAGGGUCGUGGACCAAUUUAACGAAUUUAAAGUCACAAGAAGAGUGUUAUGAGUGUCCCAAGGGAUGGUUCUGCCUCACGGCAAGCACAGCGCCUACUGAUUUAUGCUUUACUGGUCAUUACUGUCCGCCAGGUGAGUGAACUGAUUCAUGAAGCAAAUUUACAGCGGCGGGACUAGUUCAGUCGGUAGACGGAUAGACUGCAAAGCGAGAGGUCGCCGGUUCGAUUCCCAGGACCGGACUAAUACUCAGAUUCUUAAAAUAACUGAGAAAUGAAGGUACUGCCUUUGCUGUGCAAACAGCGGAACCUUCGCGUUUCUCGGAUAACUACGUAAAAUGGCUGUCUCUUGACCAUUGGAAAACGAAAAAUAGUGUCCUCAAAUAAAGUGCGUUUUUGAUAUAUAGUCUGUUCAAACGAAGUGUUAUAUUUCUACCGGAAACAGAAAAGGCUUACCCUCUCUGUUCCCCGCCAUUAGUCCCAUCAGGGUUAAGUACAUGAAAGAUUUGGCUGAUGAUGGCGCGUACUAAAACCCUGGUACAAUGGUGGAGAGCUCAGCACAAGGAUUUCGGCGCUGCUUCACAGAGGGACUUAACCAGAGUUUAGUUUCAUCUGCGGCAUAGGAUUCAGAACUGGAAUUUGCUUUUUUCGCCAUAGAUGUAUUUUGUCUAUCAAAGUCGAUGACUCAUCUUGAAAACAAUGAGAACAUAUUAAACGAUCAGAUUAUAUCUUUCGCGUUUUUUUUUCUGCAAAAGGAACGAAACGAGGAAAUGAAUUUCCUUGCCCGGCCGGCACAUACAACAACAAGACUGGACUGGAACGAGUCGAGGAUUGCGUGCCUUGUACAACUGGUCAUUACUGUCCUCAAGGAACAUCAGUACCAAAACAAUGUCCAAGGGGAACUUUUAAUGAUGUACUAGGUGCAAAGGUAAACACCAAAAAAUAUAUACAUUUUAGUUUAAAGUCGUUUUUUUUUUGUCGUUUCAUUCGUAAUUAAAUAGUUUUGGGCUGGGUGGGGCAGUAAAGUCAUAAAUGGACUGACAGCAGCUUUCAGUGGCACCAUUGUAUGCUGACGUCCGAGCUUAAUGUAAAGAGGGCACGUCUGUUGUCCUUUCAUAAACGACAGUUCAUUCAUUCCUUCAUUCAUUCAUUCAUUCAUUAUCACAUGCUGUCAAAUGUGGAAAAAUAGCGCGUUUGUCCUCAAUGAGUCGUCAUUUGACAGCUACAGAAUCAUCGCAAAAAUGGCCCAUUUAGCUACUUGCCCUUUUAAAAGGUUCUUCAAUGAACCCAAGCGGGGAUCUAAGGUUCGGGUGUUUUUUGCUUUUUGGAUCUAUAUUGAUGGCAUUAAAGGUGAAAUAUACCUCUUCCCAUUUGCCUGUUAGAGUACAAGAAUGAAAGGUUUGGUGACAGGGUAGCACCUGCCCCAUCANUUUUAAAAGGUUCUUCAAUGAACCCAAGCGGGGAUCUAAGGUUCGGGUGUUUUUUGCUUUUUGGAUCUAUAUUGAUGGCAUUAAAGGUGAAAUAUACCUCUUCCCAUUUGCCUGUUAGAGUACAAGAAUGAAAGGUUUGGUGACAGGGUAGCACCUGCCCCAUCAAAUGGCAAGUAAUAAUACCUCCAGCCACUUAAGAGAUUAAGUGAUCUGAUGAGGUGCUUUUCUCUAAGCAAGGAAACCCUUCCUUUCAUCACACCUAGAAGGGAAUUGAUAAGGCUGCUGUGUAAAUAACCAGUAAUCUUUCUCUGUUUUAGAACCAACUUGAAGGCUGCAAGCAGUGUGUCGCAGGAUAUUUUUGUCCCAACCUAGCGAACUACGAACUUACUGCUUGUGAAGUUGGCAACUAUUCGGUAAGAAAUGCCUGACAUGAUACUGGUGGAUGUAAGGGUACUAUGUUACUUUAUCUGCUUUUUUCCAGACUUAAUGCUCAAGGGAUGAGCGUGUGAUUAGCGGGAUUUAAGUUUUCUCUGUCGUAGCCUCCCAGUCAGACCUCCUUAGGGCUUUGUUAUGCGUUCCUCUCUUAGAGGAAUGCGUGGAAAGUCCUUCGAAGAUCUGCGUGGGAGGCCGGCUCUUCCUUGUCUGAUACAAUCUUCGGGUUGUUGUGUCAUUAUAGGCUCCAGGCGCAUUUGAAUGCACAACAUGUGAGGCAGGUCACUACUGUGAUAGUAGAACAACAAGCAAGUCCGUUAUGAUAAGCACCAAGAUUUGUCCAGCUGGAACACACUGUCCGCCUGGUACCGUUCAGAAACCAGAUCUUGUGACUCACGCUUGUAGUAAAGGACACUACUGUCUCAGGGGAGAUGAGGUAAGCCUUGGAAACUCAGUCAAGCCUUUCUGAAUCAUUAUACGUUCCUGGGAAACUGCCCCUAGGCCAACGUUAACACGGGCUUUUCAUCUGGGGUAAAAUGUUGGCUUAGGGGAGGGGUAGGUGGACAGUUUUCCAGAAACUUAUGUUGAUCCGCCUGUCUUUAAUUGUUUUCGCUGAGAUUUGUUCAGCGAUAGUACCUAUCAUAUGGAAACCGGAGGCAGAAUUAUCAUGACUUCCAAAGUUAAGCUACCUCCCAGUCUUUGGGUUGUAACAAUGGAAUAUAGCUUUGAGACAAUACUUGAAAUACAUCUUGGCUUACCAUGGCUCCCUCUGACUACAAAAAAAUGCUUAGGACAAAAGUUCGCAGUCUGGGAGGUGGGAGCCCGAAUCACCGCCGAGAGACGUUUUUUUUUAUGCAGAAUGUCCUUACCUUCAUUAUUAAUUUCUUGAACAGAAUGCCUACCGAAUCAAGUGUCCAAACGGAACUUUCAACCCUCAUACAGGACGAAAACAUGUCAGUGAGUGUAUUAAAUGCACACAAGGAUUUUACUGUGAACCUGAAGGACUAGAGAAAGAGGUAAGGGGGAAAGGAUAGGGUCAAAAUGCUGCUAAUUCGUAGUAAAUUAAAGAUUGAUUGGUAGGGGACGUAUUUGACCCGAGAGUUAUUUGUAAGUCUUCCAUUCAAAAAAUAACCCUUAAAGGCGUAAGAGUCGAUUUCUUCCUCUUCUAAAGGCAAGAGGAAAGCCAAGCCUACGAACGUGAUUAUUUCCAGGAGCCUUUAAAACAUCAGAUUCUCUUUGAACAAGAGAUUAACGAAGGGGAAGCAAGCCAUUGUUUUUAGAUUUGUGGCAUUUAGGCAGAAAAUUCAAUCCACUCAAACUUGCCCUAGAUUAAGAACGUGAAAUAUUCCCAACAUCUGCCCAAAGUUCAAGAGCACAAGCAGUUUGUUGAAUAUCACUAUUUCCCUUCUAGGCUGAUGUCUGCCCUCCCGGUUACUACUGUCCCGAGGGAACUGGUUACAGAUUUACACAUCCGUGUCCAGUGGGAUUUUACAGAAAGCUUUCUGCUGCGGUGUCGGUACAGGAUUGCAGUGUUUGCUUCUCGGGUCACUACUGUGAUGUAUUAGGCCUUUCAGAUCCUAAAACCUGUCCUGAGGUGAGGCUCAAAGUGUAUUUUUUGUAAGCAUCCGUUCCUAUAUCAAACCAGUCUUCAACCUAGUUUGAUAAGAGUUUCCUAUCACCCGUUUCUAGAACGUCCUGGGAGUUACCCGGCAUGGAAAGCUAUUUUGUGCUCAUUCAAGAUUCGAGGUCUUAUCCGCUUCGAGGUCGAGUUUUGACGGUUAUGCAAAUAAAUUGACAGUUUGCAAAACAGAGCGGACUGGUUUGGAGAUUGUUUUGAUUUAAAAAAUCAAAAACAAUAGGGUUUGUAACUCGUAAAUUAACAGGACUUUCUUGAAACGGGCCCCUAGCCUUAUGAACAUUUACUGCAGGUCACAAUGGCGUUCGCCCUUAGAGAGAGUACACUGUAUUUAUGCUAAAGACAUCCUUUUUUUUCUUGUUGUAGGGUUUCUUUUGUCCCACUGGUACUACCAUUCCACAGCCAUGCCCAAGCGGUUACUACGGAAACUCGUCUGGCGUAAAGAGAAGCGAAGAGUGUACCCCAUGUCCUGCUGGACAGUACUGUGCUGGGUAUGGACUUCGAGAACCUAGUGGCCCAUGUGAUGCCGGUUUCUAUUGCAGUGGCAGAGCUUAUACUUCUGUAAGUGGUUAAAAAUGCGCUUUACUAGAGUGUCAAUGAUAAAGCACGUAAGUACCCUUUGGGAUACUAUUUGUACGUCUCCAACUGGAGACGGGACUGUCAUUUUAAGUGGUUAUCCGAGCCACACAUUGUACUUUUUUUCUCCAGAAAAGUUAGCACUGUUAUCGUUAUUGAAGAAGGUUGAGACCUCUCCCAAUUAUAAAAUCGUGAAACUUCUUAUAUUUGAUAACUUGUUCCCGCCACUACGACACUCUCGCCAAAAGUCGUUGAAUGGUGACGGCUACCUCUUUUUCUCGCCAAAAUGACGCUGCCCCACGCGCGAGCACUAAUUACUAUUGAGAAAAUCUCUUACUCGAAGUCGUUUUCGUCUUAGAAUCUAAAGCUCUCUAUUCCCCCGCGCGUAAGGGAUGAGUAAGGUGAUGUCUUCAAGACACCAGAUAGCUUUUUGUGCCAACAUUAUGGUAGGAAGUGGGAAAAGGAUUUCUUUUUUGACUUGCGGUAAUUAAAAUAAAGAUGAUUUCUCUCAGGCACCCCCCGAGGGAAGUCCUACUGGAGGUCUCUGUCCCAAAGGAGGAUACUGUCCACAAGGAGCAAAGACACCUGAGCCCUGCCCUGUGGGGAAAUACAGUGGAACCAAAGGAAAUAAGGAACCUGAUGACUGCAUUACCUGUGAUCCUGGGUACGUAUUUGAGGGUACUCCAUUUUGCUUCAGAAUAUACUGAUCCAGGCUCCAUGUGCAGUCGUGCAGAGAAAAGUGAUGCGAAAAACGCGCGGGAGCUGGGGAAAGAGGGCGACGUCCUCCUCUCCAGAUCGCGCGGGUCUUAUUUUCGUUUUUCUUGUUUUAUUUUCGCGACGUUCGUACUAACUGAGAGCCUGGCACCGGGGAGUUUUAUAGCGACAUGGCAGCAGGAAAUAAAGUGACGAUGUGAACACAUCAUCUAGGGCAACAAUUUGCUAAUUGUGCCGUGUGGGUUUGAAUAAAAAUAUUGUGUGAAUGAACGCUGAUGUUAAAGAGGACGUUCUAUUUUGAGUCACUAUUUUGAACAAUAAAGAACACCUUGCAUUGAAAAGAAAGCUGAAAGUAAAACGUUGGUAAAAUGAAUAAAUACAUAAGAGGUAAUAAUGGCACAAAAAGAUGGAGAACAGUGUAGAAUUAAGUAUAGUUACGUGAACGAAAAAAUAAUUCAGGAACCUUGUUGUUAGCCUCUUUAAGUUGUGAAAUUUUAUGAUCCUCUCCACUAGUAGACCUGUAUUGCGAGGAGUCACCAUACCAAUAAAAGGGUUUGUUGAGCUUUUAUAUUUUGCUGUAUUUUCAGAUACUACUGUGCAGGUGAUACUAACCCCACACCAACUGGCCCGUGCUCCCCUGGACAUUAUUGCACUGGUGGGGCAUCUACACCAACCCAGUUUGUCACACCCAAAGGUCACUUUUCUGGUGAGGCUGCUUCCUCGCCAGUCCAGUGCCCUGUGGGAACUUACCAAGAGGUACGCGUUUAGAUAUCAUGAUUAAAAUUAGGUAUUGGUUAAUGUUUUAAUCCAUUUGCCCUAGAAUUGCCCUAGAAUUUUCAGGUUUGCCAACCCUCUUUAAAAGGAGAGAAGAGAUUUCAUCAAAGCUCUUCAAUGAAGUCGUGGGUGACCCCGGGCACUCUCUUCACAAACUCCUAGGAAGGUUCUUAGGUCGUUUAAUGAAAGAUUCCUCCUUAGCCUUGAAACGGAAUGGAAACACGUUCUGGUUAGCUACGUUUUUUAGAAAGUAAAAAUCAGUACAAAAGACGCGAAUCAUCACAAAUUAAUUUUAGUUAUAGUAGCAAUUUUAUACUUUUUACCUUUUUAUUGUUAUAUUUUAUAUACUUUUUUUUUUACAUUUUUAUUGCAAUGUAUUUAUUGUAAUGUCCUUUUAUUGUAAUGUCUUUCGUAAUUCAGCCUAUGGCUGCAAGGUAUUAAGACAAUAAAGCAUCUAUCUAUCUAUCUAUCUAUCUAUCUAUCUAUCUAUCUAUCUAUCUAUCUAUCAUUUAUACUGGUGUACAGUAUAAUGAACAAAGCCCGCAAAUGUGCAAUGGAGAUAUGUUGACUAUAUGUGUGUUGACAAUAUUUGGGUAAGUGGGGCUGGCUUCAUAAAUGGUUACGUCAGAGCAACUGCUAACGUCUGGUUUGUUAGUUUGACUUGGCUCCAGAGUGUACUUUGCUAUUUCGUCAAGCAUUCCUUUCAAAAUUCCGCACUUCCUUUUCCCUAUACUUGUUUAUUUAACAUGCUUUGAAAACACAGGCAUUUUGUGUUUAAUCCUUCACGUUUUUGUCUACAGAGUGAUCGUGCUGAGCGGUGCACUAAUUGCACUGAGGGGAAUUUCUGUGAUGAAAUGGGGCUGACAUUUCCAAAGACGUGUCUCUCAGGCCACUAUUGUCCUCCAAACAGUAUUAAACCCACAGCAUGCCCACCCGUAAGUAUUCAGAAAACAGGAAUACUGAACCUAGUCUGAGCUUUUGCAUUCUUGAAUACUGUUAAACACAAGAAAUUACAUAAGAAAUAUGCACAUACACCCUAAACAACUUUGAAGGGAAGCAGCACCGUUAUGUUCUGAUGUCCCCAUGCCAUGUAAAUCCUUCGUAUCUGCGAAGAAUUUCUAUGGAUCUAUCAGUACGUAACGGUGCUUACAUCUCCACCCAAUUUGCUCGAACACUUUCUAACACACUGAUUUUUUACCAUUUUUAGCCAAUACCAUUAUUUCGCAAAUUACAUUUUUUGACGUCAUCACUCAAGUCUAUUUUUUGGUUGUUUGUUCUAAUUUUCCCGCAAAGAGUCAAGUCAUUCAUCAUCAUGUGAGAUCUUGCGAGAGACUCUACAGUUCGCCUGGUGACUGAAUUAACGUUAUUGAGGUGGCAAUUUUCUUUUCUGCAGGGUACCUUUAACCCGAAUAAAGGAAAAGCUACAAUCGAUUUUUGCGAGCCUUGUGAUGCUGGGUCAUUUUGUAAACAGCCAGGAUUGAAUGCCACUGAAGGCAAAUGUUUUGCUGGAUAUUACUGCACUGGUCGUUCCCCAAGCCCAACACCCGUAAGUCCUUAUCAGUGUGUUGAACUUGACGCAGUCAGUAGUGUACUUAUCUGUUGCAGAUUUCCUAGUGAGAAUGUUCUUAGCGUUGCAGAAACAAUUACUUUUCAUUGUGUUUAAUUUUGAAAAUCGAUCGUUUGGGUCAUGUCAUUGCUUGUUAACAUCAUCUGCAGCACCAAGAAACUACCAUACCUCAGUCGUUGAAAGGCUGCGCUUUCCUGCAGGUAAAUAACUAUUCCUUUGAAACUCGAUGCAUUAUGUCCUAGACAGAAAUAUACUUAGUAAACGUAUGGCCUCUUCAAGCUUAACAAUAACUAAAACUGUCCAUAGAACCGCCCAUUUAAGCCCGUGUUUAUUUGCAGAAUAAUGGCUCACUGCUUUCAAACAUAACGUAUGGUGGGGUGUGUCCCCCUGGUUACUUCUGUCGAGUUGGUAGUGAACGGCCGUAUGAAAAUCCGUGUCCAAACGGCACCUACAGCAAUAGAACAGGACUGGAAAGAGAAGAUGAAUGCAUCCCUUGUGACCCUGGAAAAUCUUGCACAGGCGAAGGCCUAACAGCGCCAAACGGUAUCUGCAGGGCUGGAUGGUAUUGCGUCAGUAAGGCAACUACACCUAUACCCUUGGAUGGGGUGACUGGGAACAUUUGCCCAGCUGGGUUCCACUGUCCAACUGGAACCAAUACAUUCAAGGAUUGUGAACCAGAAACCUACAGGUAUCCCUAUAUAUCUCCACACCUUUUCAGUUGCAAAAUGAUAAUAGUGAUAUUUUUUUAAGAACGCAUGCACCUGAUUCCCAGUUGUUACCGUUAUGUUUACAUGAUAUCAAAUGGCAGUCCAGUUUAUUGUAUUGUAAGUUGUUGUAUACGAACAGUUUAGGUUGGUCAAUAACAUAUAAUCCGUGAUCCGCUAACUAUUAAUAGCUUUAAUGUUAAGAAGAGUGGUCUUGGCUUCGUUAACGGCAAUAAAAACGUCAAAAAGCAGUAGGUUUAAUAAGGAAAACAACAACGAUUAUGUGCGUGUAUCACACUCUUUACUUUGGUGCAUUUCUUUGCCGUCACUGUACGACUUCCAGGUAAAUCUUUCCUACGCCACGUUUUAUUGAGACUUUAAGAACACACAACGACAACUUUUUCUUUCUCUUCUCAAUUUGGAUGCGCUCCAUAGGAAUCAAAUUCCACAAAAGUUGUUCCAUAUUUGACAAAUUGAGCUCGUUUCAGUAAACGUUUAACUGCGCUUGUUUUUCAGCAACGUCACAGGACUUGCAACAUGUCUACCAUGCCCAGAACGUUUUUACUGCAAUGGUGCUCAUUUUGCCCAAGCUGAUAGCAAGAAACCAAUCCCUUGUCCUAAGGGUCGCUACUGUCCUGGUGGAACUGGAUUAUCACAGCCAAAAUGCCCCUCUGGGACAUACAAUCCCCAGGUAAACUUCGUAAUUAUCAAAAUCUAUCUUGUGAUCACAUCAAGCACAUGUACUAACGUAUGUUAAUUUUUUUUUUCAUAUUUCCUUGAGGUAAUAAUUUGAGUUUAGAGCCCUUGAGGGCAUAAACCACUAUAAUAAUAAGGAAAGUUUGCAAAAAGGUAGCUUGCUGGUUUUGCACGUAACGUCACGGGCAGCCAUGUUGGUUUGGUAGCACUUGACCCCUUCGGGACCUAAACUCCAUUUUUAUGUAAAUGUUUCGAAAAAAAAAAUUUUUAUAUUGGUCACCCACAUGGCCGCCUUGUCAUGUGCUUGCAAACCAGAAUUGCAGCAUUCUCAGAUCACAAUGGUAAUGUUGCCAGAUAACUCAGAUGAUCACGUUCAUCUUUUUUUACCUGUAGUUCGUUUUAAUUUUGUAUCUACUAAUGUUUUUCAGUUGGGUCUCGCUCGUGAAAAUGAGUGCCAUCCCUGCCCUGCUGGCAAGUAUUGCAGUGGUGCUGGAAUUGAAACGUUCCCAAGUAACAUAUCUGGUGACUGUGAAGCAGGGUUCUUCUGUGUUUCAGGGGUGAACACUCCUCGCCCCAGUCAGAACUUCAGUGGCAUCGGUGGUGUUUGUCCUCCAGGAGCAUACUGUCCUGUAGAAACAUCUGAACCCAUAGGCUGCCCCAACGGUACAUUUUCUAAUGUGUCCCAGCUAGUGAACGUAGACCAGUGCACGCCAUGCUCGGAUGGUCAUUUCUGUGAGCAGUCAAACCUCACAGAACCAACAGGUAGGCAAGGACUCGAUGUAUGUCCUUCCCUCAUUACCCCAUUUUUAGUCAUUAAGUUGUUGUGUUUCCAGUCCAGUCUAAGUUCUGACGUGCUUCUGUUUAUUCAUUUUUUUUCCAUCAGGGAAAUGCGCACCAGGCUUUUAUUGCAGACGAGGCUCGAACACAGCAAGACCAACCAGUGUGUCAGCCAUUGGAGGACCCUGCCCAAAAGGCCAUUUCUGUGAACUCGGUACAGCGUUUCCUCUAGGGUGCCGAAGAGGAACAUACAAUCCCAAUGAAGGAGAAGCCACAUGCUUUACUUGCCCAGCAGGUUACUUCUGUCCUGAGAACUCCACAGACUUUAAUCCUUACCCUUGUCCAACGGGCCAUUAUUGCCCCAAUGGCACUGAAUACGCUACACAGUUUCCUUGCAGCAAAGGCUAUUUCAAUGGUGCUACAAAGGGUGUGAGUGUGGCAGAUUGUUCACCAUGUCCUGGUGGAAAAUACUGCAAUGAAUCAGGGCUCUCGGGACCCACUGGGCCGUGUGCGGCUGGUUAUUUCUGCGUCAAUGCAGCUUACACAGAUAAACCUCAGGACUAUGAUAACUUCACCUCCGGUGACUGUCUGUGCCCUGCAAAUUCUACUGGAGGAGAAUGCCAAGAAGGCUUCUUCUGUCCACAGGGUUCGCAUGAGCCAACUGCUUGUACAGGAGGGUUUUACUGUGCUGGCAAAGGAAAGGAUUCAGUCACUGCAGAGUGUGAUGCAGGAUGGUUUUGUACUAGCGGAGCUAAGGUGCCUCGACCAUCGGAUGGAAUCACUGGGGAUAUCUGCUCACCAGGGCGCUAUUGCCCCAAGGGUACCAAAGUUCCGCAGCUUUGCCCAAUAGGAACAUACUCAAAUAACACGGGAAACAGCCAUCAGGACAACUGUACCGCUUGUACGGAGGGAUCAUAUUGCGAAACUAUGGGAUUAACUAAGCCUACUGCACUUUGCUCAGCAAAAUAUUACUGUCCUGCUGGUGAAUCAAUAGAUAAGAGGCUGUCAUGUACUACGGGGCAUUUCUGUCGAGAAGGAAGUCCUCAGCCAGUCCAUUGCCCAUCUGGAACCUACCAGGAUGAAGUACAACAAGACUAUUGUAAGACCUGCCCUGCUGGUCAUUACUGUGACAGUAAGGAUGACCUAAGCGACUUCACACCCUACCCAUGUCCAAAUGGGUACUACUGCCCUAAUGGAACGAGAUAUGCCACAGAGUUUGGCUGUCCAAACGGAACUCAUGGAAAUGGUACACAGCUCUUCCACCCUGAUCAGUGUGUCAAAUGUCCACCUGGAAAAUUCUGCUAUGGUAAGAUGGCAAAUGAAGGUAGUAUUAUGGCUAAUUGGCUUACGGCAUUUGAUUUCAGUCCUGAGUUCAGUUUCUCUGACCAAAUGGGAUUCUUAUUUGUUAUGUCGAUAUGUAUUAUUUGUUUCUGUCCUUACUUCUUGGCCGCAUUGAGUACGUCUGGGUCAUCAGUAUUUGUGUCAUAACAGUCAAUAUUUAAAAAGUCAAAUCAAAUAGAACACACCUUACUUCCAUGUCCUAGCCUCCAACCUCUAAUACACACUCCCUAAUUCUGUAAUGUAAUAUUACGUCAGUUUGAGGCGCUAAAACGUUAAUCAGUUUCGAGCCUCUAAUGAGCUCACCCUUGAUACUAGCGACCACGUUUAACGGGAAUUUUCUUCGUUUUAUUGAAAGAGUUAAUAUAAGUAAAAAGCUUCCUAAACAGAGCAAUUGAUUUGUAAUCCGUUCUUUUAAUUACUUAAUAUCUUCACAGGUUCAUCACCAACGUUUACUGGAGACUGCCAAGAAGGUUAUUACUGCCGACUUGGUUCACACACACCUACCCCGACCGAUGGUUCCACAGGUGAAGAAUGUCCUGAAGGCCAUUUCUGCAUAAGCGGCACUAUCGCUCCCGAGAGUUGCCCUCCUGGGACAUUUUCCAACUCUUUAGGACUCAGGAACAUUUAUGAAUGUACAAACUGCACACCCGGCUUGUUCUGUAAUGGAAGCGCACUUAUAGCGCCUAGUGGUGACUGCUGGCCGCGUUAUUUCUGCAGAGGAAGGGCAGAGCAUCCAGCCCCUCAAGAUGGCAUUACUGGAGGGAACUGUACCCCAGGACAUUAUUGUCCGGGAAAAACACCAGAACCUAUUCCAUGUGAGGUAUGUGAUGGUUGAGGCCUGAGAAUAGUGAACAUUUCUCUACACUUUUUAACUUAUCGCUAUACUCCUCUAUAUUUGUUAACCUAGGUUGAUUCUCAAUUUCCUGGGUCUUCCAGGGCUAGGAGAUAAAGGAAACUGUGAAUCAACCUUGGUUAAAAUAAAAUAAGUCUGAAAUCAAAUUUGACCUGUGUAACAUGGUCAUUAAUUAGUCUGCUUUUAUCAGUUGCUAAUGAAAUAUAUUUUUGGAUCUCGGCAAAUCUGUCGACUGUAAAGUGACUUUUCCUCCGCCCUCGUGGUUGCCUAGUCUCCCCCAAUCCCCCCUCCCUUGUCUCAACUAGUCAAACAAGUGCUCAGUGUAACAAUAUAUUCUGAUUACUUUAGGAUGGAACAUACAUGAAGGAUCCUCUUGCUGAUGCAUGUCUAGAUUGCCCUGCUGGGUUUUACUGUGUAAACGAUAAGAGUCAAGACCCAGAGCCAUGCCCUAAAGGAUUCUAUUGUCCAACAAAAACAGGCUUUGAUUGGAAGCCCUGCCCAAAGGGAACGUACGGAGAUGCAUCUGGAUUAUCAAAUGCGACAAGUAAGUACAUUAAGGCGUGUAGGAUGUCAGUGCACUAGAUAUUAUUUUUUACUAUGACGUUUCAGAAAAUUCAUUGCCAGUGAUUAUUUAGCGACUAUUCCUUAUACAGUCAACUGCCUUUAUAGCGGACACUCUAGAGACCUCGAGUUAGUGUCCUCAUUAGCGAGAUUCCGUAAUAGCGGGAGAUUAUUUCAGUCAAACGUCUUUAAUCUAUUGUUGCCAGGGAUCUAGCUGCUGUCCGUGUUAUCGGGGUGUGCGCAAGGCGAGAGUUGACCGUAAUUUUGUUUCCUGGAACAAUACGACUGAAUUUUUAGCAGAUUACCACAUUGCGACCUCUGACUAUAGGUUGUUAAUGAUAUGCACAGUAGAACCUGUGGACAAGUAAACAGUACAUAGUACGUCUAUAGGACUGGCUUGCCAGUCAAGGUUAAAUGAAAGUGCUGCUCAGAAUAUUCAAUUCAAUAUGUAAUUCAACGUAUUCACAUGAUGUUAAGGUAUUGUUCUGGGAUCUAUUUAAUAAAACUUUUACAAGUGUAGUUUACAAGUGUAGCCAUUCUUUUAGGCUCUGAAAACAAUAUCUACACUAGUAAAAGUUUAAUAAAAUUGACCCCUGAUCUACUUUUUGCAGGCUGUCGCCCUUGUGAUUCUGGUAAAUUUUGUGCACACGAGAAUGCAACUGCUGUUUCUGGAGAAUGUUUUGCUGGCUACUUCUGCCGUCGUGGUGCCGAUUCAGCAACACCUAAUGCAAGCUCAGAUUCUGGUCCUUGCCCAGAAGGCCAUUACUGCCCACUGGGCACAGGCGAACCCAAAAAUUGUCCACUUGGAACUUUCUCCAAUGUACAGUUCUUAGAAAAUGAAUAUCAGUGUCAAAAUUGCACAGAGGGAUUUUAUUGCGGAGAACUUGGACGAAGAAAUGUUUCUGGACCAUGCGACCCUGGCUUCUAUUGCCUCAAGGGAUCGAAGGUGCCUAACCCACCAAGCGUGACAGAGUCCGGAGGACCAUGCCCAGUGGGGCAUUACUGUCCAGCAGGAACCUCAUAUCCACUUGGUUGCGAAGCUGGUAGCUACAAUGACCGCACUGGCCAAGCAAACUGCACAUCUUGUUGUGCUGGGUUCUACUGUCCAUCCAACUCAACAGCAUGUGUUCUGGAGUGUCCAGUGGGACAUUAUUGUCCGGUGGGAACUGAGGCACCAUUUGAUAAUCCAUGCCCCAAGGGAUAUUUCAAUAAUGAGACAAGGCGGCAAAGCAUGAGGUAGCAGUUUAUUGUGUUUAAUUUAAGUUCUUAUUGCUCAACGAUUCUUGCUUAUAUUCGCAUUCUUUAUGUGCGUUUGACAAAUUGACACCAGUCACUAGACAUUUAAUGUGAAUUGAUUGCAAUUUCCUGAUACCUGUUACUAAUAAUGCAUUGAUGAUAAAAUCUUGAACAAAUUCGGAUUAUUGCUUGGGCUUCUGGUAGAAAAUUCUCUGUAUUAAGUAUUAGAGCUAGAGUAUGGUGAGAUUAUGGUUUAUUCAGGGUGGAGGACAAAUCCCGUGUGGUGCAUUUAGCGAGUUAUAAGGAGUUAAAGAUUUUAAAAACUUUGCUGUCAAAUACUUUUCUCUUGCAGUGGUUGUACACCAUGUCUGCCAGGCAAAUUCUGUGACAAAGCAGGCCUUGAAAAACCGAGUGGGGACUGUGCAGGGGGUUGGUACUGUGUACGGGGAGCGUGGUCUAAUAAACCAACUGAAGUGGGUGUCCUUGGUUACUGUAAUUCUUCAAGUGGAAUGGGAUGCUUCUGUCCCAAUACAACUACAGGAGGAGUCUGCCAGCCAGGGUUUUACUGUCCUAAUGGUUCUCGUGAGCCAACACCAUGUUUGAGAGGUAAUUUGUUGUAGGAGACAGUAAAGAGUUCAGGUCACAGUACGGUUUGGUCAUUACCUUGCAAACACCUAAUUAACUGCUAGUCAGAACCAUCCAGCCACUUUUGAUGUGUCUAUUUAACAUGGUGUCGUCCUUUAAAGAGUUACUUUUCCGCUCGUUUCCUAGCACCAAUUUAGAAAACAGAAAGUGUAGUCGAACAGUUUGUCCUUCAAGGAUGAUUUACGCUUCAACCACUGAUACUUAACCCCCAUCAGUACUUGACCUUUUUUUUUUCGCUCUUAGCAAAGGCUUAGAAAUAAACUGUUCUGUUCUGAAUCUUACUUCCAGGUCACUAUUGUGCUGUUGCUGAGCUGUCUAAUGUCACAGGUCCUUGUGACGCUGGCUACUUCUGCAAAGAGGGAGCCAGAUUUGCUGCUCCAACAGAUAAUGUUACCGGAGGCGUUUGCCCCAUGGGUCACUACUGUCCUGCUGGAACGUAUGACCCAGUUAAGUGUCCUGAGGGAACCUACUCAAAUUCUACUGCCAAUCAAAAUAUAAGUAGCUGUCUGGCCUGCAUGCCUGGGUAUUACUGUGGGGCGAGAGGUCUGGAGCAGCCAUCAGGACCAUGUGAUGCAGGCUACUACUGCCCAGGUGGGCAGAAGACAAAAACUCCACCAGAGUACACCUGUACCCCAGGACAUCAUUGUCCUGCUGGAAGUGCUUAUCAGGUGCCUUGUGAGAGCGGAAAAUACCAAGAUGAGUUCCAACAGGGAUCAUGCAAGACCUGCCCCGAAGGGUUUUACUGUGAUGGAACAAUUCUCAAUGCAACACAUUGUAGCCACGGCGUGCAAUUCCCAAGCCCAUGUAUCAAAGGUCAUUACUGCUUAAGUGGAACUAAAUUUGCACGUGAACACAAAUGUCCAGCAGGUAAGAGGUUAAGCUAUGAUUGAUGAUAAAAGUAAGAUUCAAAAACUUUGUGGUCUCGUCAAUGUUGAGCAGCUUCUUGUAACAGUACCUCCGAUUUCUGUGAAACCAAACAAACACUGAGAACGAGUAGAAGUGUACAGAAACGUUGAUUGUUGUGUUGUGAGCAGCCACACUGAAUGUAAGGAAAUGACGGAUAGCCUGCUAGUAAUAAAGUCAUGCCUCACACCCGCGAUACAAUAUCCAAGUGCGACAGUGAAACUUAACAGAUUAAGCUAAUGGUGUAUCUACUUUGGGAGGAAGCAUUGCAAUUAUCUUUUAACCUCAAGUUUUUUUAUUUUUAGCUCAUGUCAUUGAAACCAUAGUCUGGUUUUACCUAUUCUUGUCACUUACAGAGCCUUCGAAAAACUCAAAAGAAAUUAAUGUUUAAUGAAUGCUUCAUAUCUGAUAAAAACACGGCUAAACUUUACGUCUUUAAAAAACCCGAAUUCAUACAUUUUAGUGCAAGAAUGAGUUGAUCUUGAUCAGAAAUUUUGAAGCUGUUCGCAAAACUAGCAGUCGUGUAUCAUCAGGUUUUGAAAAAAUCUUGUUCCUCAUUCUUUCUUUUAGGGACAUUCAAUAACAAGACACAUGGUAAGAAUGUCAGUGAUUGUACCAGUUGUCCAGCCGGCAAAUAUUGUGCAGGGGAGGGAAAUGAAAUCUGGACAAAUGACUGUUCACCUGGGUUUCACUGUAUUGGCGGUGCUGACAAUGCCUCUCCUAAUGAUGGAACAACUGGUGUAAUUUGUCCUACUGGGUAAGGAUUUUAAUUGCGCGUUGGAACUAAGUUUAGGUGGAGGUACAGUCACUGCAGACUGCCUGGUCUGUCACUGCCAUACCUCACGGUUCGUACAGAGUCUUGAAUUCUUGAAGAAGUCUUUAAAUUUGCCCAGCAAUUUUUUCAGACCUGGAAGAGGUCUGGAAAAUAGAGGUCAAGUCUGAAAAAAUGGUAAAAAGUAUUGAGUAUUUUUUUAAAGCCCCAAUAAAUGCUUAAUAAUGUGAAUUUUUAUCGUUUUUGUCAAAUCUUGCUCAAUCUCGCCUGUACGUCUGUAGCACAUCAUGAGACAAAAUGGGACUUUCGUUCCUGCUCCAUUGAUCGCCUAUUUGAUAAACUUGAGUCUGGAAAAAGAAAAUAUUGUUUUGGAAAAUCUUGGAUAUUUGAACCAAAAAUCUUUAUGAACCGUUAUACCUAAAUAGGAAGGAACUGCAAGGAACUGCGUUAGAUUUUCUCUCUUUUCUUUCCUGCAGACAUUACUGCCCCGCUGGCACAACUGUCACUAUCCCCUGCAAGAAAGGUACAUACGGCCCCACAGAACAGCUAGGUUCCCAAGCAGAGUGCAAGGGUUGUGAUCCAGGAGAGUAUUGUGCUAUUGAUGGUCUCAACAAAACAACUGGGAAUUGUUCCUCAGGGUAUUUCUGCAAACAAAAUGCCUCUGUGAGUGAACCAACAGACGGUACUACUGGUAAGUACUGUAGCUGUUGUUGAGCAACAUUGGCCUUUAGUACUGUUUUUCAUGCGGAGCAAUCAAAGGAGCUCUUACUUUUUAAGCUAAUACAUUUUUCACGGUGGUCCGAACUACGUCUGCAAAUAAAAAAAUUGAGAUGUGACGUCUUGUAUCUUUUGAUUGAUCUUUUACAAUGUUGCAACGUAAUAGUUUUUUUUCCCUACCCAAUCUCAGUCCCACGUUGUUUGGGAAUUAGAAGGCUCAUAUCCCCAACAAAAUAACCUGGCAUGAGAGUUUGUGCUUCUAUAACAAACGGAACCUUUCAAAAUUUUCUUUCCAGGUGAUGUUUGCUGGAUUGGGCAUCAUUGUCCUGUUGGCACAGCCAGUCCUCUUCCUUGUUCUCCAGGAACGUACAUGAACCGCACGCAAGCUGCUGAGUGUUACACGUGUCCACCCGGGUACUAUUGUAUCAAUAGAGUUUAUCCAGCACCUUGUCCUGCAGGUAAGAACCCCCCCCCCCUCCCCCUUGAAAGUGAGUAAGAAAUAAGGAUAUGAGUCACAACUACAAAAAAUUGCGUUUUCUACACCCGCCAGGUAUGGACUAAUUGUAUUCUUCACUUAAUCUGCAUCUUUUGAAAUUUGCUCCAGCAACUAAGGAAACUGUUUCGUUGUUAGAUCCUCUCAAUGUCCUAGUUUUUUUGUAACCCAAAAAUCCUAAUUAAAUUUGAGCUGUCCGUUUAGAUUUGUUCUUCACGUCACGUAACGAUCUUGCUAAAAAUGGUUUUAACUACAUAUUUGAAGUACAGAUUUUGAUAAAGCCUCCCAGUGGAAGUCAACAGAAAAUAAGAGUAUCUUUCACUUGUUCUUUUUCAGGCUGGUACUGUCCACUUGGCACGGGACACGACUGGAGACCUUGUCCAAGAGGAACCUUCAGUCCAGUUGAGUUCCUUUCUAGAGAAGAACAAUGCAAGUUAUGUGAUCCAGGCCACUACUGUGCUCUCCUUAAUGCUACAGCAACCUCAGGACUUUGUGAUGCGGGAUUUUUCUGCCAUAAUGGUUCUGACCAACAACAACCAUCUGGCGGUAACAGAGGUGAUGCAGGAAUUUGUCCCACAGGAAGCUACUGUCCACAGGGUGACCCACUAGCCCCAAUAGCUUGUCCUGCUGGCUACUAUAAUAACAGAACCCAUGCAACGUCUUUUGCCGACUGUAAGAAAUGCCCCGGUGGGCAGUACUGCGAAGAAGAUGGUUUAACUUGGCCAAAUGGCCCUUGUGAUCCUGGCUACUACUGUAUUGAGAAAUCAGCCUCUCGAAAACCAAAUGUAUCAGACACUGGAGGUCCUUGCCCACCCGGCCACUUCUGUCCAGGUGGUUCUCAAUAUCCAAUUGCCUGCAAAGGUGGUGAGUACAAUUCUCGGUGGGCACAAAGUGAAUGCCUUGUUUGUCCUCCUGGUUAUUUCUGUCCGAAUGCUUCGACAAAUGUUACUGACUGCCCCCAAGGAUUCUACUGCCCCAACGGCUCAGCGUCAGCUAUUCCAUGUCCAAAAGGGUCUUACAAGAAUGUCACCUUGGGUGAUAAUGUCCUCGACUGCACAAUCUGUCCUCCUGGAGAAUAUUGUGAGUUUAGCGGCUUGCCUCAGCCAUCAGGUUUGUGUGCUGGUGGUUGGUUCUGUACUGGUGGGUCAUGGCAGAAGAGGCCUCUAAACACAAGCGACAUAGCAAAUGGUACCGCUGUCUGUCCACUGAUUGGUGAAAUUGGAGGAUUUUGUAAGAAAGGCAGCUUCUGUCCAGCAGGAUCUCAUGAACCAUUGCCUUGUACGCCAGGAUAUUACUGUUUGACUGACAAACUAGACAGUGAGUCUGGGGUCUGUGCAGCUGGUCACUAUUGCAAUGGUAGCACUAUUUAUAGUCAUCCUGUCAAUCAAACAACUGGAGAUAGGUGCCCAAAAGGUUACUACUGUCCUACAAAAAGCUCAUACCCAACAGCAUGCCCACCAGGAACUUAUGCUGACACUGAAUACAACCAGUUUAAGAACAAUUGUAAGCCCUGCAUUCCCGGUAUGUUCUGCCCAACGUUUGGACUUGAUUACCCCAGUGGAAAUUGUUCUGAGGGAUUCUACUGUCCAGCAGGAGAAACCCAGCAAAGUCCUCCAGACAAGGAAUGUCAACCUGGUCAUUAUUGCCCUGAGGGUAGCGGACUUCACAAUCCAUGCCCUGCUGGGACUUAUCAGCCAUACUCAAGGAAAGGUUUUUGCUACACCUGCCCAGCCGGAAGCUACUGUGAUCCAAAUGAAGCUAGACAAAACAUGUCAUGUGAAGGAAAUGGCUCUUGUGGAGUUAUUGCACCAUCUGAUUGCCCUGCAGGAUAUUUCUGCCCCAAUGGUACCAAAUGGGCCAAGCAGUAUCCAUGUCCUGUGGGAACCUUUGGUAAUGUGACGAAGCUUAUGGAAGAAGCACAAUGCACUCAAUGCACUAAAGGUUACUACUGUCAUAAGUCCGGAAUCACAGUUCCAACUGACCAGUGUCAUGCAGGAUAUUACUGUGUGGAGGGUGCAAGUGUACCAACACCCAAUGACACUUUGACAGGCGCCCCUUGUCCACCAGGUUCGUACUGUUUACAAGGGUCGCAUAAACCGCAACCAUGUCCAAUAGGCACCUAUGGCCCGACCCAGAAACUUCAAAGCUUAUCAGGCUGCAUGGCUUGCGAUGGAGGAAAGUUUUGUGAUUUUGAGGGCCUGGCUGCUCCCAAUGGCUCGUGUGACCCUGGAUUCUUCUGUCAGAUUCGCGCUAUCAGACCUAAUCCUGUUAACUCUUCUCAAGGCGGUGGCAUUUGUCCAACAGGACACUACUGUCCCAGAGAGACAACCACUCCAUUCAAAUGUCCACCUGGCACAUUUAACAAUGAGACUCAUGCAACUCAACCUUCGAACUGUAUACCAUGCACACCAGGGGAAUACUGUGAGGGUUAUGGUAACACCUAUCCUGAUGGACCUUGUGAUGAAGGCUGGUACUGUUCAAGGGGUGCAUAUUCCAAGAAACCACUUCUUAAUGUGAAUACGACCUUUAAUAACUCCAAUGACUUCACCUGUCCCAUAUACUCGGUGAACUUUACUGGAGGUAUUUGCCCUGUUGGGCACUUCUGUCCCCGAGGUUCUUCAGAACCAAAGAGUUGCCUCAGAGGCACGUACUGUGGCCAGACAGGACUUGCAAGUCCAGAAGGAAACUGUUCAGCUGGAUAUUAUUGCAAUGGCGGUGAUGUAGUUCCUAAUCCAAGAAACUGUACGGCUGGUUACUAUUGUCCUGUAGGAACAGAAACCGAGAGACCAUGCCCUGCUGGGACGUAUUCUCCAUAUGCAGGUAAAUCUAAGGUGGAAGACUGUUUGAACUGUACUGCAGGAUUCUACUGUCCCUUACAUGGAGCUACAGAGGUGCUGUUUCAGUGCCUACAAGGAUUUUACUGUCCAAGUGGAUCUACACACAAUGCCACUGUCAUAUGCCCAAGGGGAGCAAGCUGUCCCACUGGAAGCGGCCAACCACAGAACUGCAUUCCAGGAGAAUAUCAAGAUGAAGAGGGUCAAUAUCAGUGCAAAGAGUGCCCACCAGGAUAUUACUGUGACCCUUCUACAAAUCUUACAGGUGUUAUAUACCCAACCAAGUGCACAGCCGGUAAUUACUGCCCAGCUGGAACAAAAACAGAAAGACAAUUUCCAUGUCCUGCGGGCACUUACAGCAAUGACACAGGGCUUGAGAGGCGGUCAGAUUGCACACCAUGCCCACCCAAAGUGUUCUGUGGAUCAACUGGAUUGAGGAAGCCUACAGGACCUUGUAAUGCAGGUGUGUAAAACGUUAUUACUUAAGGUGAUGAAGGAGUCAGAGUUCUUUUGACUCCUAAACAUUGCAUACCCAAAGAUAGUAAUUGUGCAGUGAAGCAAUCACCAGUUUACCUUAAACGCUAGUCAUAUAUCUCUUAAAUUUUAAUAAUCUAAUGCUUUGUCAGGUCACUACUGUGUCAAUGGAUCUACAACUCCAACACCAACUGACGGCAAGACAGGCGAUGCAUGUAGACUGGGUGAAUACUGUCCUGAAGGGUCUUCAGAGGGAAUUGGAUGCCCCGCUGGUAUGAUUUCCUUUAUUCACUACAAGUUACUGGUACACUAACUUCUUGCAACAGUGAAUUAAGCGUUCCACGUCCUUACUUGAUCAGUGGCCGUCUGUAAAUUUCAGAAUGAAUGUAGCUUACUUUUAAGGUUGUAUAGAGACGUUUAGUGGUUUUCCCCCUGUUAGCAACGGUUUAGGGCACUAAAUCUAUAGAACCCAGUUUCGUACAGAACGGAAUUGCCACAUCGCAACCGACCUUAGUGAAUAGUGUUGUGUAUGAUACAUCUUACAAAAUUCCUAACUCUAUGCAAAUUGUCUAGUAGCUCCUUUCGUAGAUGGUGCUUAAUUUUUUUUGACGGUGUAUUGCUUCUUAUCAUUUUUGUAGGCACCUUUUACAACCUAACUGGGCUACAGAAUGUAUCAGGAUGCUUACCCUGUACAGCAGGGUAUUACUGUGAUGGAACAGGAAACAUAGUUCCAACCAAAAAGUGUCGUGAAGGCUUCUGGUGUAGAGGAGGUUCUCCGGAAGAAAUGCCUAUAGAUCAACCUUAUGGCACAGAUUGUCCAAAUGGCAGUUACUGUCCCACAGGUACGCCAUCUCCUGUGCAGUGCCCCAAAGGAACCUACCAGCCAAGUCGAGGCAAGGUGCGAGUAGAAGACUGUGUUGGUUGUGAUCCAGGAAAGUUCUGUGAUGAAACCGGUCUGUUUGCUGUAAGUGGUAAUUGCCUGCGUGGUUUCUUCUGUAUUGGUAAUGCUUCCAAGAGCAACCCUCAGGACAAGAUCACUGGAGACAUAUGUCCUAAAGGCAGCUUCUGUGUUGAAGGUUCUUUCAAACCACAGACGUGUUACAACGGAACGUACAUGAAUCACACAGGUUUGUUGUUACAUUGGUGUCAGAUGAAAGAUAUUACUCCUUAUUACCUCUCAGAAAUUAGCGACACAUUUUCUUGAAAAUGAGAUAUGCUUUGGAGGGCUGGACAAUCUGGAUGUUUUCUCUCCGACCCACCCCCAAACCAAAGGAAGUUGAUAUAUACAGACUGUACCAUAAAUUGCAAGAAAUGGUUGUUGAUGGCGAUUAACUGGUAGUUCACAAUCUUCUGUGUCCUUAGUUUAACAACAGUUGUGGUGGUUAGGCAGUCAUUCUAACAAAAAUAAUUCAAAACAAAAAUGUAGAUAUGAGAAAUGCAAUUUUCCACGCACCUUAAAGAGAUUCUGGGCAAUGUUAUUCUUAUUUUUUCUUUUAUGUAUGUAAUGAUUCUUUGAAUUAGGCUCAUGAAUGUCACAUUUUCUACGUUAGGUGCUUCUUCAUGCUACGUGUGCCCUGCAGGAUAUCAGUGCACUAAAGCUGUUCUUCCUGAUCCCUGCCCUGCUGGGUUCUACUGUCCGGAAGGGACUGGCUACGAUACUCAGCCCUGUCCUGUAGGUACUAUUGGCAACAGGACUGGCCUGGCAAAUGAGUCUGAGUGCACGCAGUGCCCAGGUGGAUUCUACUGUGAGACUAGUGGGCGUGCAACCGUGACUGGACUAUGUAAAAGUGGUUAGUAUUACAUUUGUAGUCACCUGACGCGCUAUCUAGGAGCACAGGGCCUAGUCUAGGUCAUAUAUGCAUCUGUCCUUACAUAGAAAUGUAUGUACAUUGUUUCUUCUCCAAUAAUUUUGGCUAAUUUUUAAAUUUGUCGCGUUUCCGUGUUGCGUGUACUUUAAGUAUAAUAAAUGAAUUCGGAAGACAACACACUAGUAACACAAGAACUAUAAGUAUGGUAAAAUCAAUUGUGAAGACACCAAGCAACACACUAGUGGCGCAAUAGUUAACCACAACAGAUCCUGAAACACAGUUACACACCAAACGAGUUAAUAGGCUGAUUUAGCAACAGAACGGGAACGUCAGUUGACGAGGGCGCGCGCAAAUCAAACAACUGUCUUGACCAAUGGCAGAGCGCAAAUUGAGCACCGGAAGGCGUGUUUAGUCCUUACCGCGCGCUUUCCCGUCGUCAAAUGACGUUUCCGUCCUGUUGCUAAAUCAGCCUACUGUCAAGAGGUGUCGAGUUUUCAUGUUUGGUUUGUUGUUUCUUGUAGGUUUCUACUGCACAUCUGGAGUGAAUGUAAGUGCUCCAGAUGUGCAUUACACUGGCAUUGGAGGGAUAUGCCCUGUAGGGCAUGAGUGUCCAGAAGGAAGCAGUACAUUCCAUGCAUGUGACCCUGGAUAUUACGCAGCUGUACCAGGAAUGGCUGCAUGUGACUUGUGUCCUGCAGGUAGGUUGUGUGGUCAUAAUCUUGUUCAUUGAUGCCAUCAUUACCAUCAGGUAUAAACUGGAGCAGCACUUUCCUUACCAUGACUAUCACCAUGGUAUUUCGAACGACAGGAAAACUAGAACACCAAGUGCCGAUAUUAAUGUCUGUGGCCUAACCAAUGUAGUCGACGACUAGUGUCCGUUUGUUUUGCCUUUAUGCAAUGUUCGAACCCCGUAAUAAACUCAGAGCAAAAGAGAAGAAAAUAUUUUUCAGAAAAAAAUAAUUGAUAGCAUAAUACAAAUUCAGCAUUUACUAGACGUCUUUCCUCUUAACUUUUAUUUCCAGGUAAAUACUGCAAUGGUACCACAGUCACCCCGGCGGCUUGUCCCAAGGGACACUUUUGUCCAAAUGGCACAGAAUUUGCCACACAGCAUCCUUGCAGACCAGGCACAUACAAUAAUGAAACUGACCAGACAUCAGAGUCGGCAUGUAAACUAUGUGACCCAGGAAAGUACUGCGAGGGAUAUGGACGGGUGUGGCCCAAUGGACUUUGUGAUGAGGGAUUCUUCUGCUCCGGUGGGUCUUGGUCUAAGCGACCUGGAGAUAUUGGUGCACCCAACUAUGAUAAUGCGACAAGCCCUGCAGACACCUGUUACACUGCAUUUGAAUGUGUUUGCCCAGCAUGGAACAAGACAACAGGUAAAUUCUGUUGUUGCAGCCAUAUUUUAACUUUAAGUGUUAGAAACUUGAUGACUCAUCCACAGACAUAAAAUUCCAAACACACAAACAGGCAAUGGUGAACCUUUACGUGCGUGGCGGCGGUUUGUAACUCAUCUGGUGCUAUUUCCAUCUUAAACUCAGCAGUUUUUAGUUUUUCCUUUAUACGUGAAAACAAGUUAUUUUGCGUCACGAUCAUCUGUUGUUUAAUUUUUUGUUGCAGGUGACAUUUGUCCCGCGGGCCACUAUUGUCCCCAGGGAUCUUAUCGUCCUCUUCCAUGUAAACUUGGUCAAUAUUGCCCACAUGCGGCCAUGACCACGCCCCAAGGAAAUUGUUCUGCAGGGUAUUACUGCAAUGACAGCUCUACUGUGCCCGACCAGUUUGACUGUCCAGUUGGACACUACUGUCCAUCAGGAACAGGUAUUCCGGUGCCUUGCCCUGCAGGUAAGUUCUCUAAUACCCCAAAGAACACAGAACUGCGGGAUUGUAGAGACUGUACUCCAGGCAGUUUUUGUGCAGGAACUGGGAAUUUUGCCGCGACCAACAAAUGUGCUCCACAGUAUUACUGUCCAGGUGGUCAAAGCACAGCAACACCAUCAGAAUAUCUAUGCACACCAGGUCACUUCUGCAAAGAGGGAACAGCUCAACCAGUGAGAUGCGAAAAUGGCACUUUCCAAAAUGAGCAAGGCAAGAGUUCUUGCAAGACGUGUCCAGAUGGUUAUUACUGCGAUGCUACCAAUUCUGCGGUUGUGAAUGCUACACUUUGUCCUAAAGGUUAUUACUGUCCUUCUGGCACUGGGAACUAUCGUGACUUCCCCUGCCCAGAACGUAAGUAUAAAAGAAAGAAGGGUAACCUGUAAGAAGUUAGACAGCCACAUAGUGUCGUUCCCACAGGUGUCCGUCUUAGAAUGAAUCGACUGUUAUUAUGAAGAAAGUUUCUAAAAGUUGUAUAGUCAACUCUCACUAAGACGGACACCUGGGAGCGGCACUGAGUGUCCGUCUAAGAGUUAUGUCUGUCUUAUAAAAAAUAAAGGACUAAAGGACGUAAAGAAAGGCAGAGACCAACUCUCGGUACAUGGUGUUCAUUAGGUAUCGGAGAACGGAGAAUUCUUCGUUUACUUCGCAGAAUUCUCGGUAUAACGCUCGUUAGCCUCUUUUUUUUAUUCAGACGUGGAGCCUCUUUCAAAAUAUUCUCCUGUAACAUUUAACCUUUCUCCUGCUAGUUGAAUUAUUAAUGAAACUCUGUAGGUGUCUGUUCUACUGAGGUGUUCGUUCAGGGAUUAGCGACUGUUCUAGAACUGAGAAUGCCAAACGCAUCAUAGUUUCUAUGGGAAACAAAAUCUUGUUAGUAUAUCUCACUGGGGCUCAAAUUUUUAUGCAGUAGAGAUGGUAGAAACCAUUUAUAAACCACGAUAACAUAAACCUUAAACAUCAGCAAAAUACUUUUAAUGUCUUCAGAGCGAAUUCCUUAUUUCAAAUUGUAGGUACGUAUAAUGACAGAUUAGGAUUGAUGGCCAUUGGAAACUGCACCGAUUGCCCACGAGGCAAGUACUGUGGAAGAGAAGGCUUGACAGAGCCAUCGGGAGAUUGUUAUGGCGGUCACUACUGUACUAAGAGAUCCAAAUCACCUGGACCAGAGAAAGACCUUCUGGCGAAGAAUUAUGCAGAUUAUGUUAGCUUCCCGUUCCCGUUCUUGAACGAUGCGUGUCCUCCAGGGCACUUCUGUCCCAACGGUUCUGACCCAGAACCUUGCCCUUCUGGUACAUUCCACAACGAAGGACGCAUCGCUAACAGAUCACAAUGUGUACCGUGUCCCAGAGGGAGAUACUGCAAUGGCUCUGGUACUCUGAAUGGCACUGCUCCACCUUGUGACGCUGGGUUCAUUUGCACAGGGGGAUCAAGCACGCCAACACCCACACAUCCAUCCAUGGGAUACAUUUGCCCAAGAGGCUUCUUCUGUCCUUCAGGUACCUUUAAAAUAGUCUGCUUUCUGAAGAGCAGCCAUAUCAGUUGGAUGGAACUGACUGUAUGAGAGAGUCUUAGAAAUGAGAUGAAAUUAGAAACCUCUUAGUCCCGUGUUAUGGUCUCUACAAUGCCAUCAGGGGAGGGGAUAUUUUAGGUUGAUUUAAAGGGUUGUUAUACAAAACAUACAGUUUUUUUUUCAUUAAUACCGUUUUGUCCUUUGCUUUGUCUUUGUACUUCUAGCUUCAUGAAAAAAGUCAUAAAGGCUGAUAUGUUAAGUGUAUUCUGUUUUUGCCAAUUUGUCGUGAAAAUGACCACUUAAUAAUCGGUGAUAAUUGAAUAGAUGUGAUGAAUCUUUUUGUACGUUCAACAGGAAACGUUACAGCCCUUAGUUGCCUACCAGGCACUUAUCAACCCAAUGAGGGGCAAGGAAGCUGUAUCUCAUGUGGUCCAGGCAAUAUGUGUCCAUAUCAGAACAUGUCGUCAGUCCAACCCUGUAAAGCCGGUUACUAUUGUCCGGAUGGAACACUGAAACCCUGCCCUCCUGGAACCUACGGCAAUCGCAGCGGACUGUCCACAGUUGAUAUGUGCACUGACUGUCCAGCUGGAUUUUUCUGCCAGGUAAGAAAUAUGCACAGUAUUGGUUGGUAUUGAACGUUAUUGGGCACAUCAAUUUUCAUUAGCUACUUUUGGCGCCGAUAGGUCUGUCUUGGUAACUCAGCGUAGCGCAAUUUGUAGUUGCGGAUGGAAGUAAGUCGCCUGGUGACCUAAGUUUGACAUGCUCCUUGCUAUUCUCAAGGACGUUAUGUUACUCUCAUGUUAAGUGGUAUAUAGUCGACAUAAAAGAUGUGUGAACAGUUGAGUUUAGCCAACAACUCAGCCUUCAACUAGUUAGAGUCAUCAUUUGCCAGGCAAAUUAAUCUAACAAUCAUCAUCAUCAUCCUUUCACGGGUUUAUAACGAACCAAUUCAACGACCUGCUCCCAAUAGGUUUGUUAGCUCAAUUGGUAGAGCGCUGCACUGGUAUCGCAGAGGUAGAGGGUUCGUAUCCCGUACAAGCCUGAAUCUUUUUGCAGGCUUUUUUUUUCGCAACUACAAAAGUUGCGUCUAUAACUGCGAUGAUAUACUUUCAUAUAAUCUUUCAAUUAUAGGAUUAUGCUCAAACUACACCCAAAGGUCCUUGCACUGCUGGUUGGUUCUGUGAAGGCAAAGCCAAUACUUCUACUCCCACUUCAAUACCUGAGUACCCCAAAAAUGGCCCAUGUCCCACAGGACACUACUGCCUACAGGGAACCCAAGCACCGGCUGGAUGCCCUCCAGGCACUUUCCGUAACAGCACGGGAGCUCGCUCUGAAGAUGAGUGUCUUGAUUGCACUCCUGGUUUUUACUGCAAAGGUUACAGUAAUUCCUUUGUAACUGGGCCUUGUGCAGAUGGUUAUUACUGUCCUCAAGGGUCCAGAGCCAAUGUGUCCAAGCCCUCCGAAUACUUGUGUCCUAAGGCGCAUAAGUGCCCCGAGGGAACCGCUGACCCGAUCGAAUGCGGUGCAGGUUUGUAGAUGUAUAUCGUUGCUGGGUUGACUUGUAACAUGUGACUAAGUUAUUGUUGACCUUAGGUAAAUUAGUUUACAGGAUAAGGCCACGCAAAUACAGGCAGUUUUAUCUUUUAUCCACUGGUCACGUCAUGAAAUGCUGCUAUAGCAACAUAAAAUUGCGGAAAAUUUGUAGAGCUAAUAGCAUGAUUUGUAGUGAUAUUUGGCAUAAAAUACCACGAGUGAUAUUUCAAAAUUGUUUAACGUAAUUUCACGAGCCGUUAGGCGAGUGAAAUUUGAGACAAUUUUGAAAUAUCAUCAGUGGUAUUUAUGCCAAAUAUCACUUCCAUAUCAUGCUAUUAUUUGUUUAUACUACUACCCGCAUAAGGUUUGUAAUUUUCACAUGUAGGUAUUUCAAAUUAAGAUGAAAAGAGCGGAAAUGAGAACAACAGAUUGCGUUCAUUUAAACAUGGAACUUAGUAGGCCCACUUCUUCUCUUAUUUAUCUUAUUAUAUUUCUCUCGAUUUUUUAUACAGUUUACGAAGGAAUCCAUCAGGAAAUUAAGGAAUUUUAAUUUUCAGUGGGCAAAAACCUUGUACCAGAAUAAUUUCAACAAUAUCGCAUUCUUUGACACAUUUUUCAGGGGCUACAGAUAUAAUUUGUUAUCUGGAAUAACAACAAAAACUAUUUCUCACGGGAGCCCGAGAAAAUAAAUGUCAAAUUUCACAAGAAGUGUGAAAACACAGGUAAAUUGCUGAAUAUUUCAUGUGUAAGAUGUCAAUUUUUGAAAUUUGACUUUUAUUUUCUCGGGCUCUCAUAAGAAAUUGUCUUUGGUGUUAUUACAGAUAACUAAUUACAUCUUUAGCCCUUGAAAAAUGCAAAAAAGAAUGCGAUAUUGGUUAAAUUACUCUGGUACAAGGAUUUUGUCCACUGAAAAUUAAAAUUACUCAAUUUCCUGAUGGAUUCCGUCUUUACACUUUUGUUACAGGUUACAACCAGAUUAAUAAAGGGCAAAAAGAUUGCGAUCCAUGCCCCGCCGGAUACUACUGUCCAAGCAAAACGUCAACUCCCAAAGCAUGCCCACCUAGACAAUUCUGUCCUGAGGCCACUACUGUACCACUUUUCUGCCCUAACGGCACUUACACACACGACAACAUGACUAAGUUAGCCAGUGCAGACGAAUGUCUGCCAUGUGUUACUGGCUCUUAUUGCCGGCUAGGUCAGAUUGUCGGACCGUGUCAUGGUGGGUACUACUGCAAGAGCAGAAGUCCGGACCCGAACCCCACUGGGGUGUGGAAUGCUGUUGACUCUAUCAUCAUCACUCCUUGUGUGAAUAACAGUACUGGUAAUUACAGUAGUGGGAAUUGUUCGAAUUGUCGAACAGGACGGUUCUGCUUACACGGUAUGUGCUCGUGUGCCCUGGGAUACAGUUAAAGGGGCUGUGUCACGGCAGUCCAGUUCAUUUUGUUUAAUUUUGCCAAUUACUCGCCCUCAAUCGCUAUGAAACUUAAAGUAAGCAAGAAAUUAAAUGUAAAUGACAAAGUCAGAGAUCCGAGACAAACUAAUAUGUCAAGCAACAAAGUUGCAAGCAGCACGAAUCAACUUUGAAAAACUGUUAGGCUGAACAGUUUUCAAAAAACCAUAAUUUCAAUCCGUUUCAAUCUUCUUCAGUUUUGCCCAUCCGUGGCAUCUGUUGUUUCUGUUGUGUUAUUUUAACUUUUCUUUAAGCGGUUAUUUUUAUGUUUCUCUUAAUUUAACGGGCAUUUUUUAAUUUCCUAAUUUGGCUGAAUUUCGUGACACAGCUUCUUUAAGUAGUAAUUAGGGAGGUUGAAGCAGAGGCGUCAACCGGAAGUGAGUUCGUUUCCCUUCUAAUAGAGACCUUUAGAUUCGAGGACGACUACGAGUACGAGAUUUGACAUGAAGUUUGUUCGCGUCUUCUCAAAAUAUAGACUUCCCGGAAAGCUUCAUUUUACCAUUUUUCACUAGAGAAGUUAGCAUUGUUAUCUUCAGUAAAGGAGGUUACGCGCUCUCCCGAUCGCAAAAUGAUAAAACUUCUAACAUUUGAUAUCUUGUUUUCGCCACCACGACAUUCGCGCGAAAACUCUUUGUAGAAUGACGACGGCUACCACGUUUUCCCGCCAAAAUGACGCUGGCUCAAACGCGUACACUACUUAGUAUUGAGAAAAUCUCGUACUCGUAGUCGUACUCGUCUUAGAAUCUAAAGGUCUCUAAUAUGCCUUGAUGCUACAGGAUUUGCAUUGCUUAGCGUCUGCUCUUAAAGAGACGAUUUACCAAAAAAUAAGGGUGAAAACACUGCCCAAGAAUGCAAAAAGCCAACUUCCGGCUCGCGUGCGUCACUCAAAAAAAUUCGCUGGUAUUGCAACCGUCUGCAGCCUUAAAAGAUGUUUUCUUCAUUCCGUUAAAGCUUAAAUCCUCUAGAAUGUCGAGAAGUCAAGGUGAAUUCGAAAAACACAGUGAUUUGUUCAAAAGUAUCAGUAUCAGUAUCAGUAUCAGUAUUUGUGACCUCAAAAAAGAACAAAGUGACGAACAUAUCAAACAAUAUGCUGAAUUAUUGUUCGUAUUAACAGGGUUGGACUGUAUAGAUAUACCCAGUUGUGGGUAGGGGCCUAUAACAGACAUGUUAGGCGUGAUUAUGCCGUAAGCUGUUGCUGUAGCUUCAUAAAUGGUUCCUCUUCUUGUUCCAUAGAAUACUGGUUUCCAGUGGAGGCCGGGCCUUGUCAGGAAGGGUAUUAUUGUCCUAAUGGAACACUUCUACCUAUCCCGUGUCCGGAUAACACAAUGAAGAAUUACACAGGUGGCUAAAGCUCGCUCUGAAGAUGAGUGUCUUGAUUGCACUCCUGGUUUUUACUGCAAAGGUUACAGUAAUUCCUUUGUAACUGGGCCUUGUGCAGAUGGUUAUUACUGUCCUCAAGGGUCCAGAGCCAAUGUGUCCAGGCCCUCCGAAUACUUGUGUCCUAAGGCGCAUAAGUGCCCCGAGGGAACCGCUGACCCAAUCGAAUGCGGUGCAGGUUUGUAGAUGUAUAUCGUUGCUGGGUUGACUUGUAACAUGUGGCUAAGUUAUUGUUGACCUUAGGUAAAUUAGUUUACAGGAUAAGGUCACGCAAAUGCAGGCAGUUUUAUCUUUAUCCACUGGUCACGUCAUGAAAUGCUGCUAUAGCAACAUAAAAUUGCGGAAAAUUUGUAGAGCUAAUAGCAUGAUUUGUAGUGAUAUUUGGCAUAAAUACCACGAGUGAUUUUUCAAAAUUGUUUAACGUAAUUUCACGAGCCGUUAGGCGAGUGAAAUUUGAGACAAUUUUGAAAUAUCACCAGUGGUAUUUAUGCCAAAUAUCACUUCCAUAUCAUGCUAUUAUUUGUUUAUACUACUACCCGCAAAAGGUUUGUAAUUUUCACAUGUAGGUAUUUCAAAUUAAGAUGAAAUACCACUGCUCUAAGCCAAUCAAAUUGCAGAAAUUUUUCCUGUUGUAGUAUAAUGAAAAAAAGAAUUAAAAAAAAGCAGAAAUGAGAACAACAGAUUGCGUUCAUUUAAACAUGGAACGUAGUAGGCCCACUUCUUCUCUUAUUUAUCUUAUUAUAUUUCUCUCGAUUUUUAUACAGUUUACAAAGGAAUCCAUCAGGAAAUUAAGGAAUUUUAAUUUUCAGUGGGCAAAAACCUUGUACCAGAAUAAUUUCAACAAUAUCGCAUUCUUUUACACAUUUUUCAGGGGCUACAGAUACAAUUUGGUAUCUGGAAUAACAACAAAAACUAUUUCUCACGGGAGCCCGAGAAAAUAAAUGUCAAAUUUCACAAGAAGUGUGAAAACACAGGUAAAUUGCUGAAUAUUUCAUGUGUAAGAUGUCAAUUUUUGAAAUCUGACAUUAACUUUCUUGGGCUCUCAUAAGAAAUUGUCUUUGGUGUUAUUACAGAUAACUAAUUACAUCUAUAGCCCUUGAAAAAUGCAAAAAAGAAUGCGAUAUUGGUUAAAUUACUCUAGUACAAGGUUUUUGUCCACUGAAAAUUAAAAUUACUCAAUUUCCUGAUGGAUUCCGUCUUUACACUUUUGUUACAGGUUACAACCAGAUUAAUAAAGGGCAAAAAGAUUGCGAUCCAUGCCCCGCCGGAUACUACUGUCCAAGCAAAACGUCAACUCCCAAAGCAUGCCCACCUAGACAAUUCUGUCCUGAGGCCACUACUGUACCACUUUUCUGCCCUAACGGCACUUACACACACGACAACAUGACUAAGUUAGCCAGUGCAGACGAAUGUCUGCCAUGUGUUACUGGCUCUUAUUGCCGGCUAGGUCAGAUUGUCGGACCGUGUCAUGGUGGGUACUACUGCAAGAGCAGAAGUCCGGACCCGAACCCCACUGGGGUGUGGAAUGCUGUUGACUCUAUCAUCAUCACUCCUUGUGUGAAUAACAGUACUGGUAAUUACAGUAGUGGGAAUUGUUCGAAUUGUCGAACAGGACGGUUCUGCUUACACGGUAUGUGCUCGUGUGCCCUGGGAUACAGUUAAAGGGGCUGUGUCACGGCAGUCCAGUUCAUUUUGUUUAAUUUUGCCAAUUACUCGCCCUCAAUCGCUAUGAAACUUAAAGUAAGCAAGAAAUUAAAUGUAAAUGACAAAGUCAGAGAUCCGAGACAAACUAAUAUGUCAAGCAACAAAGUUGCAAGCAGCACGAAUCAACUUUGAAAAACUGUUAGGCUGAACAGUUUUCAAAAAACCAUAAUUUCAAUCCGUUUCAAUCUUCUUCAGUUUUGCCCAUCCGUGGCAUCUGUUGUUUCUGUUGUGUUAUUUUAACUUUUCUUUAAGCGGUUAUUUUUAUGUUUCUCUUAAUUUAACGGGCAUUUUUUAAUUUCCUAAUUUGGCUGAAUUUCGUGACACAGCUUCUUUAAGUAGUAAUUAGGGAGGUUGAAGCAGAGGCGUCAACCGGAAGUGAGUUCGUUUCCCUUCUAAUAGAGACCUUUAGAUUCGAGGACGACUACGAGUACGAGAUUUGACAUGAAGUUUGUUCGCGUCUUCUCAAAAUAUAGACUUCCCGGAAAGCUUCAUUUUACCAUUUUUCACUAGAGAAGUUAGCAUUGUUAUCUUCAGUAAAGGAGGUUACGCGCUCUCCCGAUCGCAAAAUGAUAAAACUUCUAACAUUUGAUAUCUUGUUUUCGCCACCACGACAUUCGCGCGAAAACUCUUUGUAGAAUGACGACGGCUACCACGUUUUCCCGCCAAAAUGACGCUGGCUCAAACGCGUACACUACUUAGUAUUGAGAAAAUCUCGUACUCGUAGUCGUACUCGUCUUAGAAUCUAAAGGUCUCUAAUAUGCCUUGAUGCUACAGGAUUUGCAUUGCUUAGCGUCUGCUCUUAAAGAGACGAUUUACCAAAAAAUAAGGGUGAAAACACUGCCCAAGAAUGCAAAAAGCCAACUUCCGGCUCGCGUGCGUCACUCAAAAAAAUUCGCUGGUAUUGCAACCGUCUGCAGCCUUAAAAGAUGUUUUCUUCAUUCCGUUAAAGCUUAAAUCCUCUAGAAUGUCGAGAAGUCAAGGUGAAUUCGAAAAACACAGUGAUUUGUUCAAAAGUAUCAGUAUCAGUAUCAGUAUCAGUAUUUGUGACCUCAAAAAAGAACAAAGUGACGAACAUAUCAAACAAUAUGCUGAAUUAUUGUUCGUAUUAACAGGGUUGGACUGUAUAGAUAUACCCAGUUGUGGGUAGGGGCCUAUAACAGACAUGUUAGGCGUGAUUAUGCCGUAAGCUGUUGCUGUAGCUUCAUAAAUGGUUCCUCUUCUUGUUCCAUAGAAUACUGGUUUCCAGUGGAGGCCGGGCCUUGUCAGGAAGGGUAUUAUUGUCCUAAUGGAACACUUCUACCUAUCCCGUGUCCGGAUAACACAAUGAAGAAUUACACAGGUGGCUAUGGAAUAGUCAGCGAUUGUACUCCUUGCCUGGCUGGAAAAUUUUGCUUGAAUGGUAAUUGGCUUGUCAUUAAGGGUUAUAGUGUAUUGUCAUCAUCGUUAUCAUCAUCACCAUCAUCAUCAUCAUCAUCGUCAUCAUCACCAUCAUCAUCGUCAUCAUCAUCAUCAUCAUUUUUAUAACAACCAUAUUCAUUACUGUCGCCAUUAGCAUCAAUGAAAUUACCAAUGGCGUGGUCUUCACCAUUCGCCAUCAUAUCGUUCUUGUCGUUGUACGUGACACCGUCGUCAUGACAUCAUUAUUAUUAUCAUGCGUGAUCAUUGUAAAGAAUGAUAAAGAGUCUCAAGACUAUAAUUGUUACACUUUCCCAAGUAGCCGAAAUCCAUGUUGCAGCACCCUAGUGGGUCAUCACAAUGCAGUCGAACCCGUGACCAAAAAUGCAUACUGCAAACUAAGAGAUCAGACAAUUGGUCAAGUGGUCACCUACAAGAUUUUUUAAACAAUGGGAAAUUAUUACAGGGCUUUUAUUGGGAAAGUGCAGGUGUUUAGGUAGAUGGUGGCUUAUGGGAGGUGGUCGCUUACGAAAGGUGGUCGUACAUGGGGGAGGUUAGACUACAUUUGUAAUUGCUAUGACAUUUGUUUAUGCCAUUUUUAGGAACAUCGAAUGGUGUACCCUGCCCACCCGGAAAGUACUGCCCACGAGGACAAGCACCGAUUGACUGUCCUAUUCAUAGAUACCGAGACAUUCCGGGGGGUCAAGACCUGGACGACUGCUUCCCAUGCCCAGCAGGUCAUUGGUGCAAUCUCACUGGAAUGGUGAAUUAUAACAACAGCAAGUGUCCUAUCGGUCAUUUCUGUCCCAGUCAGCUGGGUCCCAGUCUCUGUGGUGCAGGGCGUCGCCGCUUGACACCAGGAGCCGGAAGUAGAAAUGAAUGCGACUUGUGUCCAGGUGGUCAUUAUUGUCCUCAUGAUACCAUUAAUGUGCAAGGGAUACCUUGUAGGAACAGAACCUAUUGUCCUCUUGGCUCUUCCCUUGAGACGCUUUGUCCUGGAGGUGCUUUUUGCCCUGGAGUAACAGAAGUACCAAAACCUUGCCCAGGUACGUAGAUAAACCACAAUACAGUGGACCUCAAAGACUGUCAAUUUUCAAGAAGAUUAACAUGAACAUUUCACUAUGUAAAGCUCUUUUAAAAAUAUUGGUAUCAUCACAAAUACUGCUAAAAAGGUCUUUUUCUAAAUUGUCACACUUAAGCAUAAGCUAUAACCACGUUGCACAGCAUAGUAAGUACCACAGGAAAGUACUGCUCAGUGGCUUUCAUCUGAAUGGUCACACUUUAGGAUUUCAUCCAAAGACUCAAAGUUGGAACCACCUUGUACAGCAUGAUAAACAGUACCACAGGAAAGUACUGCUCGGUAGCUUUCAUAUGAAUGGUCACACUUUUUUACAGUGGAUCUCGAAGACUGUCAAACGUAAAAAUUUCACUAUGUACAGCUCUUUUAAAAAUAUUGGUAUCAUUACAAAUACUGCUAAAUAUGUUUUUUCUAAAUGGUCAUAUUUAAGGCUUUCAUCCACAAAUUCAAAAGUUAUAAUCACCUUUUACAGUAUAAUGGACAUUACCACAGGGAAGCACUGCUUAGUUCAAUGGUCAGACCAGACAACUUCUUUCACAGGUGUAAAGGAUAAUAGUCGAAAGGUUGACUCUGUGAGCCGUGGGCGAACAGCAGUGGGGUUUUAUUAACCGUCUUUGUUAUUUGUAGGUGGUCAUUAUUGUACAAACGGAUCAGAGAUUCCCACCCUCUGUUACUACCCUGACUACUGUCCGCCAAACAGCACUGAAGAGCUCCCCUGUAAGCUGGGAUACAAAGCCUUGAACACUUCUGGUCUGCGAGACUCGCAUGAAAAACACUGUGAGGUCUGCCCGGCAGGAACCUACGGCAACGACCCGCAGCGUCGCUUCUGUGAUCAAUGUCCGGCCGGUUAUUUCUGUCCAGUGGGCACAAAAAGUCCCACCGCGAAUCCCUGUCCCGAGGGCUCAUAUUGUCCAGCGGGUGUUGGAGAGGCGCAGCCUUGUUCUCCUGGUUCCUAUGGUAACCGAUCUCUAGCGACGAAAGCUUCAGACUGCUAUCCCUGCCCGACAAACACGUUUAACCCUCUACCAAAUCAAAGGGCCUGUCUUCCAUGUGGUAGCUCCUCUUUGUCUGAAGAAGGCCAAGCAAGGUGUCAGUGCAUAGGACAAUCUCGGUCUUUUCAAGUAUCCGACGGUUCCUGUACGUGCAUUUUGCGAUAUGUGUUUGACGAUCCGUCCACCAAAGAGCGAGAAGAGGGAAAUAGUGACCUGGAUUGUCGGCCGUUGGUUUGUUAACUUUUUUGUUAUUAAAUUAUUGGUAAAAAGGGAAAGGCACUCCGUAACUUUUGGUUAUUACUAGUUAUCGAACUAAAUAUUUCGUUUUCGUAUUUUUAGGAUGCAGACCGGUGUGGGACUGGUGAGGUUUACCGCGCUUCUGACUGGCAGUGUGUCGAUCCGGAGACGGAGAGUGUAGCAUGCGACAACAAAUGUAAAGAAGAAGGCGAAACGGGGGGUGCAUUCAGCCCCGAUGAAGGAAUCUGUAUCUGUAAACACACAACUGAAUGUAACAACACUUGUGAGAGGACAAGAGUUAAAUGUUACAUUCAACGGAGUACUGACGGGGUCUUAUCAAUGAAUUGUACUGACAAUAAUGGCGACUCUGCAACUUUCAACAUCACAUCGGAAUUGGGUAUUGGAGACCAUGAUAACGAGUUACACUCCGCUGAGUUCAUCUUCACCGAUUCUCUUAACAAAAUGUCGGCUUUCGCUCCGGGAGAGCUUUCACAAGUCCAGAGUGUUGUUGAGCCCAACUCGCAGUCCGCUCGCAGAAGACGUCGCGCCUUGGGGGAUAACUCGACAAGCACACCCUCUCCGGUAGGACGUACCAUCGCCAAUCCAAUCAUCUGCCUGACUUAUGGCAAAGCGCUAAUAUUCAAGGUUGAAAUCAACCCGAUAAACCGUAGCCUUAGCCACUACCCGCGAUAUCGCAAGAAUCAUUUGAUGAACACAAAUGGCGAGUUUGAUUAUGGUAUGAAUCGAAAUAAUUGUUUAUUUUGGUGAAAAUGACUUGUAUAGAGACCAGACAAAGGUGACUUAACUUGAAAAAUAAUAUGUCAAGCACGUUAUUAUUUGGUAUUUAAUCCCACCAAUUGUCUGGAUAUCCAGUGAAAUACUGUGCCAACCAUAAAGGCUUCGUCCAAACGUAUCCCGAUAUUUUUGUAAACGGAAAUUUUUUAUUUCGUGUUAAAAAAGAAUACGCGUCCACACGUAGCGUAUUCGAAUCGUUUUCGCCCGUGAACAUGAAAACGCUAAAACGAUAGAAAUACGGUAGUGACUUUUACAGGACAUGCGCUGUAUAAUGUAUGACGUCAUCGUAUUCCAAAACCUCCGUUUUCGUCCGUCCACAAAAAAAACGCGAUAAGCCGGCGUUUUUAAAAAAUUCAACUCUGCGGACACUUUUCCUAAACAUGUGUUUUUGGUAUCCGAGAGCGCCGUUUACGUGUGGACGGAAAGUUGAAACGGAAAAAAGAGUCCGUCUCCGUAUGAAGAAGUAUCGGCAUACGUGUGGACGGGACCUCAACAUGGUUUCUCAAAUGGUCUUUAGGACCUUACGAUCAUUAAGAUCUAUCCUUACAGACAACCCACCCAGCCCAGGAAAGGUUGGCUACACCACCGGGGUCUACGUCCGCAGCGCUUUUCGAACGAUGGUGUGGGUUCUUUUAUGUGCGACAAGAAACAGAUAUUUGAAAGUGCUGUGAGAAGGGACCUACAUGUACGGUUUUCGUCCUUAUCCGCCGAGAAGACUAGAAAGUCUGCAGAUGUUAUUACAAAGGCAGCACUUUCUUCUCAGUUAUUUAAAUAAGAAAGUUUUGGUCCGGCCAGGGUUUGAAUCCGCAACAGACAGGCGCUCUCUCAACUGAGCUAACCGGGUGGUGGUUAGAUUUUCUCUUCUUUGUUACUUCUCGAGUUUGAGACAUGUUCCCGUCCUCUGUACAGGUAACUUCAGACAGCUCCACUCGCUGGUGCAGGAAUCCAACAAUAGUCUCUCGUACUUUAUGCACGUGUUUACGCAAAAUGGAACUUUUGUGUUCUACGAUAACGCCGAGCCGUUCCGAGAGACGUUCGUCACAGUGAAGGAGCAAGGCAGCAGCUGCCCAGACACCAUUCUGUCGCCCAUAACUGAGGGCGUUUUAGUCGAACUUGGAGUCAGCAAUAAGGAGGUAAGGACGUAAACAUUACCACACGAAAGUACUUCUCAGUAGCUUUUAUUUAAAUGGUAACACCAUAGGAUUUCAUUAGGACUCCAUCCACAGACUCAUAAGUUACAACUUAAUUGACUCCAUAAGUGUAGUUGUUUAAAGGGUCAGUUAUGAAGAAACACGGUAUAGUUGAAACAUUAGAGAGAUUAAGAGUCACGUUUACAGCAAACGGCAAACGUCAGAUUCAAGUUAAGAAUUUCUCAGAAUAAAAAAUUAGGAGAUAAAAACUGUCCAGAACAAUUCUUAUAGAUAAAACUGGCGUGAAACUACUAAUUUUUGGGUAGAAGUAAUUAACAGUAAACGACAAUUAAGGGGAAAACUGAUCACGUGGUACAAAUUCACGUUUGCCAUAAUAAACAGUACCACAGGAGUGUACUGCUUAGUAGCUUUCAUUUGAAUAGUAACACUACAGGAUUUAGUCCACGGACUCCAAAAGUUACGACUUAAUUGACGACAGGAGUAAAGGGUUAAAUUGAACGAAAGUGACGUUUUAUUAAAUGUAGUUUUGUUUUCUUUAUUGUUUAAUUUUUAGCCUCAGAACCUGAAGCCGAAUUGGGGUGUGAUCUGGGGCAUGACAAUCUUCAUGUUGGUCGUUAUUAUCAUGCUUGUUAUCGCUGUCAUUAUCUGGCGCCCCAAGAGCAUUGGACGCUACCCCAUCCGAACACUCAGGCCCAAAUACAAAGCUCUUGGAGCGCCCAUACCAGUUGUGCCCAUUCCAGGUUUGUUAAGUAAAGAUAGGGGCGGAUCCAGGAUUUUUCUUAGGACGAGGUACACUGCUAAGGAAUGACGUAACUGACUGGUGACGUAAAUAAAUGUUAAGAGCGAAUACGAAGAAGAAGGCUUUUGACUAGGCAAUAACAUUACGUGAACUGCUGAGUAACAUAAUGUGAACUGCUGAGAAUGCUUUACAUAUCUGCAUAUUUUGCAGAAUACCAGUUGGAUUCAAAACCCGCAGGUCAUCUCGCCCCCCGCCCCCUCCCCCUAGAUCCGUCCCUGAAAGAUAAAUAUAGAUUGUCCAUGUAACUCCCAAAAUUGGGAAAAUUCGGUCGUCGAGGAAAUUCAGAAUUAAAUUCUUGAAAAAUACUUCCAACGAAUAGCACCAAGUGAAAGUAUUGCUGAAGAGAUUUUUGUCCACAAACCCAACAGUUAGAACCAGAUUGUAAAGCAUGAUAGACACUACCAUAGGAGAAAACUACUCAUUUGCUUUUAUUCAACUAGUCCCAAUGUAAGAUUUUAUCAAAAGGCUCUCGUUAAUUUCAUUAUGAAACCAUCUAUCAUGUUAACAACCCCCAAUGCUUACUGACCUACCCUAACCUUAUUGUAAUUCGCCAUAAUAGUCUAAAGUUGCCUAAACUUCCUUUGACUUUCAUUGUAAACGUUAUCUUAUUGUACAUCAGGAAUUGAUGACCAUGUCUACGACCUGGGCCCUCGGGGAGCCCCCGAGGGGGCCUCAUUUGACUCCCCGAAUGUUCGUUUUGAGCUUGAAAACUUCAACGUCCGCACGCUAUACGACAAACUGGAGGAUCAGACUCUCCAUGUAUCGUCCCAGCUGGCACGUCAUCAGGCGGACCUGAGAGCGUUACGAACUAAAUAUUUCGUUUUCGUAUUUUUAGGAUGCAGACCGGUGUGGGACUGGUGAGGUUUACCGCGCUUCUGACUGGCAGUGUGUCGAUCCGGAGACGGAGAGUGUAGCAUGCGACAACAAAUGUAAAGAAGAAGGCGAAACGGGGGGUGCAUUCAGCCCCGAUGAAGGAAUCUGUAUCUGUAAACACACAACUGAAUGUAACAACACUUGUGAGAGGACAAGAGUUAAAUGUUACAUUCAACGGAAUACUGACGGGGUCUUAUCAAUGAAUUGUACUGACAAUAAUGGCGACUCUGCAACUUUCAACAUCACAUCGGAAUUGGGUAUUGGAGACCAUGAUAACGAGUUACACUCCGCUGAGUUCAUCUUCACCGAUUCUCUUAACAAAAUGUCGGCUUUCGCUCCGGGAGAGCUUUCACAAGUCCAGAGUGUUGUUGAGCCCAACUCGCAGUCCGCUCGCAGAAGACGUCGCGCCUUGGGGGAUAACUCGACAAGCACACCCUCUCCUGUAGGAAGUACCAUCGCCAAUCCAAUCAUCUGCCUGACUUAUGGCAAAGCGCUAAUAUUCAAGGUUGAAAUCAACCCGAUAAACCGCAGCCUUAGCCACUACCCGCGAUAUCGCAAGAAUCAUUUGAUGAACACAAAUGGCGAGUUUGAUUAUGGUAUGAAUCGAAAUAAUUGUUUAUUUUGGUGAAAAUGACUUGUAUAGAGACCAGACAAAGGUGACUUAACUUGAAAAAUAAUAUGUCAAGCACGUUAUUAUUUGGUAUUUAAUCCCACCAAUUGUCUGGAUAUCCAGUGAAAUACUGUGCCAACCAUAAAGGCUUCGUCCAAACGUAUCCGGAUAUUUUUGUAAACGGAAAUUUUUUAUUUCGUUUAAGAAAAAAAAUACGCGUCCACACGUAGCGUAUUAGAAUCGUUUUCGCCCGUGAACAUGAAAACGCUAAAACCAAGAAAUACGGUAGUGUCUUUUACAGGACAUGCGCUGUAUAAUGUAUGACGUCAUCGUAUUCCAAAACCUCAGUUUUCGUCCGUCCACAAAAAAAAAGCGAUAAGCCGGCGUUUUUAAAAAAUUCAACUCUGCGGACACUUCUCCUAAACAUGUGUUUUUGGUAUCCGAGAACGCCGUUUACGUGUGGACGGAAAGUUGAAACGGAAAAAAGAGUCCGUCUCCGUAUGAAGAAGUAUCGGCAUACGUGUGGACGGGACCUCAACAUGGUUUCUCAAAUGGUCUUUAGGACCUUACGAUCAUUAAGAUCUAUCCUUACAGACAACCCACCCAGCCCAGGAAAGGUUGGCUACACCACCGGGGUCUACGUCCGCAGCGCUUUUCGAACGAUGGUGUGGGUUCUUUUAUGUGCGACAAGAAACAGAUAUUUGAAAGUGCUGUGAGAAGGGACCUACAUGUACGGUUUUCGUCCUUAUCCGCCGAGAAGACUAGAAAGUCUGCAGAUGUUAUUACAAAGGCAGCACUUUCUUCUCAGUUAUUUAAAUAAGAAAGUUUUGGUCCGGCCAGGGUUUGAAUCCGCAACAGACAGGCGCUCUCUCAACUGAGCUAACCGGGUGGUGGUUAGAUUUUCUCUUCUUUGUUACUUCUCGAGUUUGAGACAUGUUCCCGUCCUCUGUACAGGUAACUUCAGACAGCUCCACUCGCUGGUACAGGAAUCCAACAAUAGUCUCUCGUACUUUAUGCACGUGUUUACGCAAAAUGGAACUUUUGUGUUCUACGAUAACGCCGAGCCGUUCCGAGAGACGUUUGUCACAGUGAAGGAGCAAGGCAGCAGCUGCCCAGACACCAUUCUGUCGCCCAUAACUGAAGGCGUUUUAGUCGAACUUGGAGUCAGCAAUAAAGAGGUAAGGACGUAAACAUUACCACACGAAAGUACUUCUCAGUAGCUUUUAUUUAAAUGGUAACACCAUAGGAUUUCAUUAGGAUUCCAUACACGGACUCAUAAGUUACAACUUAAUUGACUCCAUAAGUGUAGUUGUUUAAAGGGUCAGUUAUGAAGAAACACGGUAUAGUUGAAACAUUAGAGAGAUUAAGAGUCACGUUUACAGCAAACGGCAAACGUCAGAUUCAAGUUAAGAAUUUCUCAGAAUAAAAAAUUAGGAGAUAAAAACUGUCCAGAACAAUUCUUAUAGAUAAAACUGGCGUGAAACUACUAAUUUUUGGGUAGAAGUAAUUAACAGUAAACGACAAUUAAGGGGAAAACUGAUCACGUGGUACAAAUUCACGUUUGCCAUAAUAAACAGUACCACAGGAGUGUACUGCUUAGUAGCUUUCAUUUGAAUAGUAACACUACAGGAUUUAGUCCACGGACUCCAAAAGUUACGACUUAAUUGACGACAGGAGUAAAGGGUUAAAUUGAACGAAAGUGACGUUUUAUUAAAUGUAGUUUUGUUUUCUUUAUUGUUUAAUUUUUAGCCUCAGAACCUGAAGCCGAAUUGGGGUGUGAUCUGGGGCAUGACAAUCUUCAUGUUGGUCGUUAUUAUCAUGCUUGUUAUCGCUGUCAUUAUCUGGCGCCCCAAGAGCAUUGGACGCUACCCCAUCCGAACACUCAGGCCCAAAUACAAAGCUCUUGGAGCGCCCAUACCAGUUGUGCCCAUUCCAGGUUUGUUAAGUAAAGAUAGGGGCGGAUCCAGGAUUUUUCUUAGGACGAGGUACACUGCUAAGGAAUGACGUAACUGACUGGUGACGUAAAUAAAUGUUAAGAGCGAAUACGAAGAAGAAGGCUUUUGACUAGGCAGUAACAUAAUGUGAACUGCUGAGAAUGCGUUACAUAUAACAUAAUGUGAACUGCUGAGAAUGCGUUACAUAUCAGCAUAUUUUGCAGAAUACCAGUUGUAUUCAAAACCCCCAGGUCAUCUCGCCCCCCCCCCCACCCCCUCCCCCUAGAUCCGUCCCUAAAAGAUAAAUAUAGAUGGUCCAUGUAACGCACAAAAUUGGGAAAAUUCGGUCGUCGAGGAAAUUCAGAAUUAAAUUCUUGAAAAAUACUUACAACGAAUAGCACCAUGUGAAAGUAUUGCUGAAGAGAUUUUUAUCCGCAAACCCAACAGUUAGAACCAGAUUGUAAAGCAUAAUAGACACUACCAUAGGAGAAAACUACUCAUUUGCUUUCAUUCAGCUAAAGGCUGUCACUAAUUUCAUUAUGAAACCAUCUAUCACGUUAACAACCCCCAAUGCUUACUGACUUACCCUAACUUUAUUGUAAUUCGCUAUAAUAAUAGUCUAAAGUUGCUUAAACUUCCUUUGACUCUCAUUGUAAACGUUCUCCUUUUGGACACCAGGAAUUGAUGACCAUGUCUACGACCUGGGCCCUCGGGGAGCCCCCGAGGGGGCUUCAUUUGACUCCCCGAAUGUUCGUUUUGAGCUUGAAAACUUCAACGUCCGCACGCUAUACGACAAACUGGAGGAUCAGACUCUCCAUGUAUCGUCCCAGCUGGCACGUCAUCAGGCGGACCUGAGAGCGUUUUAUGAUCGGAUUAGUCAACAAGCUGAGAAGCUCAAAGGAAUGUUGGAUAGCAUGGACGUGUCUGCUCUUAUUAAAGCGACUAAAGAGGCUGGAGCAGCCAGAGCUGGCCGGGUAUGUCGAGCACUGAAAUUUUUCUAAUUAAGAUGAAAUGAAUAAAGAAAGAAAGAAAGGUGAUGUUCUUCGCCAACCAUUCUGGAUUGAAUUGGAAUUUGGAAGAGGGGUAAAACUCUUCAUUACAAGAGCGAGAACCAACAACACACUCAACUCAAUUCUGGUAUCAUCUCCAGUAAGAUCCUCACCUGUGAGUCAACUAACCCCCACCCCUCCCCUCCCAAAGAGGAUCAAAUUAAACAAUUUAUGGCAUAUACAACAUGGAGAGAACAAUGUUUAAAAUGUGUAUUUUGAUAUUAGGGGUUAAAGAUUAAGUGGACUGUUUCACCGUUUGUUUCGAAAAAUCAUGAUGAUGAUGAUGACGACUGUAACGACAGUAGUGAUAGAAAUGUACAUUACCACGUGCGAUGAUCUCAUCACAAAUAACCAAAAAUACGCUUGAUAACAUCUAUUGGGGGUAGUCAAGUUGGAGAGCGCCAGACUGGUUUAAGCAGAAGCGAGUACUGAAGAAUCUUUCCUUUACCUUGUACUUCAACCACCACAAUUGUUUGCGUUUAUGGCAUUAUGCAAACGAUCAAUUGGUAAUUUAAAGUUGCCCUCUAAUAGUUGGAGAAGUUAGUAUGGAAGUUUUUUGAGGCACUUAGGAAACAUACAAUGUCAAAGAGAUCGCAAAAUAACUUUUAAUCUCUGUACUUUCAUUGAAGGAAUCUCCUCAGGAACACCAUGUGAACGGUGUAAGAAGUGAAGGAGGAAAGAUAUACGGGCUGACUGCAGGGGGUCAAGUAAGAGAGCAGGAACUCAUGGCAAGUCUACAGAUGUUACUGGAGAAAGUAGAGAAAGGACAGUUUGCUACUGGACCAGGUAAUGUAUAAUCACGUGGUGGAGAGAUAGACUGACGAACUUCCUGAACGAUACACUGAUGGUCAAAGGAAAUUAAGAAAGGAAUGGGUGAAAGGUUGAGAGAAGUCCUGACUGACUGACUGACUGAUCAUGACUGACUGACUGCAUGUAUGACACCAUGUGAGUGGGUGGUGUAGGAGGUGGGGGUUGGAAAGAGGUACGGUAUGACCGCAGGGGGACAAGUCAGAGAACAAGAACUCAUGGCGGGUCUACAGAUGUUACUGGAGAAAGUAAACAUAGGACAGUUUGCUACUGAACCAGAUAAUGAGUAAUGAAGUGAUGGAAAGGUGACGAGGGCCGAGGGAAGUAAGGAAGAAAUGGGAGGCAGAUUGAAAACAAGACUUACUGAGUGACUGUCUUACUGACUGACUGACUGACUGACUGACUGACUGACUGACUGACUGACUGACUGACUGACUGACUGACUGCAUGUAUGACUUUGACAGGCUAAAUUACUGAGUGAGCGACUGACUAACUGCAUGCAUGCAUGAGUGUCUGACUGGCUGCGUGUAACACUGAAUGAUUGUCUUGACGACUGUCUAACUGCAUGUAUGACUGACUCUAUCUACCUAGUUGAUAGAACUGAUGUUGUUUGUGGCUAAUUGGCUGGUUGGCCGGCUGCCGGACGGACUAAGACAUGCCUUGCUAGCAAAGCUGUUUACUUUUUCUUCCAAAAGUAUUGCGAUUCUCACGUUUUUUUUUCUUGCAGCAAUGGUUUCAGGUACAAACAUUACCCUUCCAAGCUCUGGUAUGGUGGUAGUGGGCGGAAGUGGUGGUGCCUCCACUACUACGGUCUAUCCGCCAACCGCUGGUCAAACUGUAACGGAAGUACAUGCAGGCGAGGCUCCCGGCGUGCAUUGGCAGGUUCAAGGAACAAGUGACGUCAGCGAGUUCUUACGCAGAAUGAACGCAGAGCGCAUGCACCUUGAGCAGCAGGUUGGGCGAGACGAGGAAACCGCUGUACACAAACUUCUUAAGGAACAGGUGAGGCUCAGAAACAGAGAACAGAUUUAAUAAAAAUUUGGUAACUAUGACAAGUAGAAUGCAAAGUUAAAGAAUUCUUAAUAAAAGUCAAUAAAAACGAUCCCUGCCACUUGAACGUAUUAUACCUAGCCUUAGGUUAAGUAUUUGUUGGCUUAUAUGUUUUUUUUAAAAGAAAGCUGAUAAUUCUCACGUUUUUUAAUUAAAAGGAAGAGAAACGUGCCGCGGAGAUGACGAAACUGGCUGAGAAAUUAGCGGACAAACUUUCGGGCGAUUUGAGUGAAGAUGAAAUGAAGGCGAUAAUGGAUGAUCACGACCGACAAGUUGCGCAGUUGGAAGGCGUCUUAGCGGCGGAGAAAGACAAACAACUGGCAGCACUGAGAGAAAAACUAAGAAGAAGAAGAGAAGAGAAAGAAGCCGCCCUGCUCAGAAAACAGAAAGAAGAGGUAAAGAAAUACAACAUUGACGAUAACGACAUGUUUAAAUGUCGUUUAAAACCACCAGUGUAACGAAAAACGAGCUUGCUGGGAAUCAAUUUUUCAAGUAAAAAAAAAACUUGAUAAAUUUUUUUAAAUUUAGAUUUUAAUUUAGACAACAGAAAAGAUAGAGAUAUAGUCUUCUUGAAGUAGAAUUUCCCCAGGCAAACUGUAAAUCUUAGACACAUUCAUCCAGGUUAAGGCAGAAGAUGUGUCGCUUUAUUGCUUGAAAUUAAGAUUUUUUAUAGAAAACUUCGGUGCCACCCGUUAUUAUUUCUUGAAUUGUAUUCCCUAGGGUCAGUUGUUACCCAAGCUACGUACGUGAAAUUACAACCCGCUGCAGGUUUUAUAGGGAGACUCAAUUUUUGUCGUAUUUCGUUUUCACCUGUGCAUUUCCUCUGUUUUUUUUUCUUCAAGGCUGAGAAGUCCAAUAUUCGUCUCGAUGACGUACCUCCGCUGGCCAGUAUAGACACAAUACUGAAGACUCAAGAAAGCGUUCAAGAUGUCAUCGUUAAGGAAGAAUCAAUUGGACAGGCCAAAGCAGAAGAGCAGCUAUCCAAUGAGCAAGCAGACACAUACCAGCGACAGAUGGGAGACAAGUUCUGUGCUAUGGUGGUAAGAACAACAUUAUUGGAAAGUGUGUCCAUGCAAUAUAAUAAUGAUAAUAAUAAUAAUGAAUGAAUGAUAAAAAAAGACUCAUUUCAAUUAAAAACAAUUCAUGUCGAUUAAAAUGAAAUAAAAAUAUUAAAAAGAUCCUAAAGUACCAAUUUACAAGCCCACGCCACCAUAAACCCUCUAAAAUGAUGAUGAUGAUGAUGAUGAUGAUGAUGAUGAUGAUGAUGAUGAUAAUAAUGAUAAUAAUAAUAAUUUCACAGGAAAGUAGGGCUCAGUUACUUUCUUUUGCAAUUAAGGAUUUCAUCCACAGACUCAAACGUCACAAGCACCUUGUACAACUUAAUAAACAACACCACUUUGUAGCUUUCAUUUGCGUGGUCACACUUAAGGUUUUCAUCCACAGAAAUAGUGGCACGGGAAAGUACUGCUAUGUAUCUUUCAUUUGAACAGACACACUCAAGGUUUUUAUCAACAUAUUAGAAGUAAAGAGGCACCUUAACAGCUUUCAAAUAAAAACAGCUAGCACCCAAAAUAUAUUAAUCAAUUCAGUAUUUACUUAAAUAACAGAGAAUAGAUUACCCACGAGAUACAAAGAAAUACCUUUCAUUUUCUAGGAUGACCUUGUUACAUCCGGGUCUUUGUACGCUGAUCAAGCAGAGCAAAUUAAGCGAGAGCAAAUGGAAUUGGAGGAAAAGAUGUCACGUGAGCUCGCCCAGCAACGCGCCCAACAGACAGCGCUGCUCAAGGAAAAACUUGCGCAGAGGAGAAAAGAAAGAAUGAAAAAACUUAGAAAACAACAGGAACUGGAAAAGGCCAAGGUUAGUUUUAUCUUUUUAUUGUUCCUGGCGGCAAUAGAUUUUAUUGGAACGUCUUGUUGAAAGGUCUUAUGGUACAAUCUUUCAACUUGAUUUUCCUUUAUGUUAAACGAGCCUUAUGUGUACUUGUGGAAUCAAAUUACACCUGUCAAUCAGACACUAAAACAUUUGAAUGGAACUGGACGCCUGUACGGCGUACUAUAGUAGAUUUUAAGCAGUUCAUUUAAUACAGUUACAGUUCAUUCAGCUGUCUCAUAUUGAAGGCUCCAGCAUAGAACUCGACUGUCCCAGCUGCGUUGGCACAACGUUCAAAAUAGAUUUUUCAAAUUAUUCCAAAGUUCUAACAACAGUAGUUUUCUUGUAUAUUUAUUUACGUUAAUUAGCCCUCUCUACCUCGACCGUCUGUCCGCAGAAUUCAAAAGGCCUUUUACCUCGAAACGAGGCGUUGAGGACCAAUUAUCAUGAAGAAAGAAGAAUAAUUAAAUCUGCCACCAUUUUAGAAUUAUCAUAUGUUAACAAACACACUAAACGCUGAAACAUAUGUUGAUGUCUUCCACAGACAAUUUGUUACCUUGCAACAAAUUCUGACUUUAUUUUGUCAACCUCAUUGUAGGUCAUAAGCGAAGGUGGUGAUGUUGAAACACUAAUGAAGCAGCAGGAACAGGAAAUUGCUGCUCUGGAGGCCAGCUUUGAUGCAGAAGAAGCGCGCCAUUCUGCAGAGAUUGUCAAGAAACUUAAUGAAGAAUACAUGGAUAACGUUCAACAAUCUCAUAGAGCUCUUUUGGAUAAGGUAUGUGUCAGAUUUCCCAGGUAGAGGAACGAAAUUGCCUAAAGGGAAAUUUGUUUUUUUCCCGCGAUGGUUUUCCUCGUCAACGAGUGAUCAAGUCAUGAAUCAAUCAGCGGCGGGUCUGAUAAGGCAUUGGCAGCUGCCAGCCAGGAUUCAUAUAUCCCAGCCAUGUACAGCACAUGUUUUGAGUGCGUUCUGGAUUACUAUGUGUACUGGGUUUUAGCACUUAGAGUGGUUUUCGUUUGAGUGUCGUAAAACCAAAACCAAAGUAAUUACUCUGGCCAAUCACAUAGGACACAGACAAUACAUUGAACCAAUCAAAACUCGAAGUAAUUACAUGUGGCUGACGCAAAAUUCUAUUGUGUUUAAAGAAACUUAUAAAAAGUACCUCUUUCUCGAACAAGUCAAAACAAGCCAACAGAUAAAUUCAAUGCCAACAUUGUACGUGAGAUAAAUUUUCUUGUUGGCUCGACUAACAUGGUUUUCAUGAGCUUUUGCUAAAAAAGGUUUCAGGCUUGGAAUUAAAAUCAAUUAAGCUCUUACCUCUGUCUUUCUGGCUUUAACAGGUUACCAGAGAUAAUCUAGACGCAGUUCUGCAGCAACAGAUAAUGGAUCAGUUCAGAAAGGACAACGAAGCUCUGCAAGAAAAUCUUGAACAACGCAAACUCAAGUCGCUUGCAGAUACGAAGGUAACGACAAAUCUUUCGUUAUUGAAAAGCACUUUUGCCCAAUCACUUUUUUUGUUUUUUCAAUCCAAGCUCUGUAGUUGGAACUCACGUCAUUAAUGUCCAAAUGUUGGCAUUUUGGGUGGCCACUUACUGUUGGAGGUUCGACUGUAUUUAAGCAACGUAGUCAGAGCGAAAAAGGCAUAUACAGACAAUAUUAAAUAAAAAGAGCUUUAAUUAAAGCGAGUCAAUUUACGCGGAGUAACAGGCGACAGUAAAAUAGAUAUCAACUGAUAAACUCGCAUUGCAGAAAGAGGUCUCUGAAAAGUUAAAAAUUGUAAGAUUUCGUUGUCUACCCUACAGGCUAAGCUCGCCGCACGACGAGCUCGACGUCAAGAUGAGGCACGCCGUCAAGCAGAGGAAGCAGCUGGUCAGCGUAUACUCGAAGAACAGAGCCAGGCCAUCGCGGCCAACAAGCCAAUGGAUGCAGAUCACGUGGUUGUCCCCGAAGUCAUAAUUCCACGUGAGACAGCAGAGGAGGAGGUUAGAUGUAGUAAUUUCUGAUUACUAUGUUUAUUUUCAUGUCAAUUGCUACAUUCUAUGAAUGGCCAGCAUUUAUUGAAACCUUUUAGAAAGUUUUAAUUUACUCGUGAUAAUUUAUGCUAAUGUAUGUAAAUAUGAUAUAUUUUUCACGCUAUGGUAAUUUAUGUUAAUUUUUGUUAAAGCAACUCUUUGUCCAUAGCGCUGUAACUUAUUUUUUUGUUAAUGGCAGGCUUUGCGGAAUGAGCAGGAGCGUACAUUGGCCGACAUGAGGGAGAGACACGAACAGGAUACGCAGAAAACGAACGAAAAACUUGAAAGAGAGCUGACGGCAGAGGAAGAUCAGGCAGUAGAGAUGCUUGAAGCUGAGAAAGGAAGACGACUUAGAGAGCUGAAGGACAGGCAUGCUGCUGAAAUGGCUGCGAGGUCUAAGGACAUGUCCCCAGAGGACGUACAACAGGUGAUUGCGUCCAACAGAACGACUGUUGUAAAUUAAGUCUUGCCUGACCAGUACGACAAAGAGUCUGAGUACGACAGGAAUGAUUGAAAACAGUCAAUACGCCACUUCCACAUUUCCGAUAAUGCACCUUAUUUUCCCCAAAAAAUUUUGCAUAACCUUUAUUUUUCAUUUCUCCUGCGCAUCACAGCCGUCCCAAGAGAAAUUGAAAUUGAAUUUUUUGCCCCAUUGUAAUUUUAUUAUUGUAUAUUUGGCCUCUGAGUUAAUGUUGGCCUUAGAGUUAAUAGAGCCCAUUCAGGCUCGAGGAAUAAUUUUUAAUUAUUGUAUAUUACGACAGAAUAGCCCCGUAUAGAGGAGUCGUAAUAAAGUGUAUGUUAUAAUAUGUUACAAUGCUACUAUGCAAAAUUUUUGGGGGGCAAAUCAGGUGCACUAUGGGAAAUGUGGAAGUGGCGUAUAAUUAUCUGUCACGCAAGUCACACUAGAACAUUUGGUCAUCCCUAAGAAAGAGCUAUGAGAAACCAAGUAUUGUAUUACUGCCCAUGAAUGCAAAAAGCCCACUUCCUUUUUUGCUUUAGUUCCCUAAUUCUAGCCUUUUAGUCUAUUCUUGUAACAAUGGCACCAACUCGAAACCUAAGGUGAGAAAUUGUAAGAAAUUGUCUACCUAGACUCGUGUCAUUGUGUGUUCGCCGAAAAGGUUUUGUAUCCUGCGCGCGUUUAAGAAACCGUGUUGAUUUCGAAUUAACAAGCGUUUCUCUUGAUCCUAUAUCUAAAGCUUUUGGCAACCCACCAACAAGAGCUAGACGAAAUCAUGGAAAAGAUGGACGCAGAAAAACAACGCCAGAAAGCGAAUCUGCAUCAAAAGUUGUUGGAGAGGAAGAAGCAAAGGCAAGAUGCGCAGAAACGAAAACAAGAACGAGAAAUGGCUAAAGAGCUUCUGGAACAGAAGAAGGAACUUGCUGAAGUCCGGUCUGAGCACGUGAGUAGCAUUCUCGUUUCACUUGUUUUCUUUUGAAAGAGCGCGUGAUGAUCAUGAGGCAAACAAUUAGGAAGUAAAACUCCAACUCAUUCAUUCCAAGGGCUCAGUUACGUCUUCAUGGACGGGGAAAGUUUGGUUAAUACGCGGCUGCGUCGCUCGCUGUUCAGAAUAAACCAAAUGUAAUUCUGUACAAAAAUGAAAGCCCAGAUGCGGACAAUUCCCAAAAAAUUAUUACCAAAUAGAGUUAUAUUUAACGUAUUCUUUCUUAACAGAUCAAGCAAGCAGAGAAGCAGGCUAUGAUUGAAGGAAUAAGAGAAAAUGGCUCAGAAUCUGCGGAGUUUGUUAUUAGAAAGGUAAGAAAAAUUCAGUUUCGACGAUGUUAUCAACGGGAAAAUUUGCUUCAUUAGCCUAAAAAUGGUCCGCGAUUAUCGUCAAUUUGUUGUUUUGGCCUUUUCCAGGUUCUUGAGAAACGACACAGUCAAGAGCUUAAGGACCUAGAACGCAUGUUCCAAGAAGAAAGAAAGGUGGCCGUAGAUGAAGCUUUAGCAAAGAUGGAAGAAAGGCACUCUCAGGAAAGCGAUGAACUGCGUGCACAGAACGAGAAAGAACUAAGAGAUCUGGAGAAACAAAACCUCAGCCCAGACGAUCUGCAACAAAGACGAGCGCAGUUAUUGAAUCAACAGCAGCUGCGUCAGAGCGCUCUUGACAAGAAACACGCUGAGGAGAGAAAGCAGAUUCAACACGGCGUGUUAUCCGACUGGGAAAUACGUUUUGCUCGUGCUAAGCUGGAACUCAAAGAAAAGCAUUAUCAGGUUGGUAUAAGUUUGUAUGAGGAUUUUCCAGUUGACCCAGAACCGUUUCAAGUAUAGGUGGGUACUGCACUUGAGUUAACAUUUGUGAAUUGGAGUAAAAAUCUUGUUGCGGGUGACAAGAGGAAACCGCAAUUCUAAUCUCCAGUUUACUAUUACUCAUGCUUGGUCCCCUUAUUUAGCCAGCAUUCGUUUGGACUUCCACGAAGAAUGAAUAAAAUAUAAAAAGGCAAUCUGAUCACGUCCGUUUUUACCUUCUGUCACUGGUAAUCUGAUCACGUGCGUUUUGAUCUUCUAUCGCGUGAACUUAUGCAAAGCACCGUGGUUGGGGUAAGAGCGUUUUGACCCUCUAUUAGAAGCCUGAAACUCGCCCGCAUUCCAUACCUGUCUUAUUUACUAGUUAUAUUGAAAUGAUGAAUAUAUGCCGAAUUUCACAUACACGUAUUCAAACCACGAAAUGAAGAAAUAUAUGAAGAGACGGUCAUCGCAUUGAAAGACACAACUUAUGCAGUUGCGAAAAGAAACCCUUAAUUUGUUCAGGCUUUCUUUUCGCAGUUGCAUAAGUUGCGUCUUUCACUACGAUGACUCUCUCUUCUUGUACUAAUGAUAUUCCUGACCCUCUUAUGUGUUAAGGCUUUCCGUUGUCUUAGUAGAGUUCUUCCUUUGACAAUUUUCGUUCCCCCUCUACCCUCUUGACUUGUUUCCCCCCUCUAAAAGAGGCCUUCUGUCAUGUCACUGAUGUAUAUUAUUAUUCAGGAAUAUGCCGAUGCCCUGAAUGAGCUGACGCCAGAGCAGGCAGAGGAACACAGGCGAUCAGUUGAAAAGGCACUGGCGGCCGCGAGGGAGCUGGAAGUCGUAAAGCAGAAGUUGGACGAACAGCGUUUGGAAAAUGAAGAAAAGCUCAAACAAGAAAAUGAAGGUUUGUAUCUUAGGUGAAGCAGGAGGGGUGAUUUCGUAUUGAUUUCUGUGUGAAAUUGCCUCGAAGUGUUUACUGAUUGUGUCAACCACAGAGUGCUAACUCUUCUCUAAGACGAAAACGUCCCUCAAACGAGUGCCUACCAUUCUGAGGCAAAAGCUUGGUACCGAUUACAAUGCUGUCUGAACUUAGGGAAAGUUCAGAUUGUUUUUGCCCUUCACAGGAAGGUUUGUGUUGACCUAUGUGAAGUUCAUGAUCAUCUACAAUUUUGCUCACCUACUUUGAAUAAUGAAACAUAACUUCACUUACGACAAUUGUAUUCACCACAAAUUCUAAAUAAAAUGUUUUCUUACUUAAAGCUUUCGAGGCUGAACAACAGCGAAAGUUACAAGAAGACCUUGAGAUGUUCGAUAAACAACUCGAAGAAGAGGCCGAGCAGGAACAAAAGAAGAACGAAAAGGCGAUCCUUGCUUUGAACGCACGCAAAGAAGCGCUGCUUAAGGAAAAGAAAGCUAAAGUCAAACAAGAAAUGGAAAAGCUAAGCAAUCAAGGAGCUUCCCAAGAAGAUCAGGAGGCCAUUUUGAAAGAACACAGCAAGGACUUGGCAAAACUGAUGAACAAAAUGGACGCAGAUAGAAUGCGAAUGCAAAGUUCCUUGGAAGAAAGAUUAAAGAAAAGACGCGAGGCAAAGCGGAAAGCUAAGGUAAGAUGUAUUGUGUAGAACAUAUAAAAGGUUAAGGCGCACACGAGCCAGAGGCCCAAACGGCCGGAGGUUAUCCCGGUUUGCCUCAGCAUGAAACAUAUCUAGGAGUUUGCCUCUCCCCCCUGAACGAAAUGCUAGUCAUUCGCAGGGUUACCCCAAGCAGUAUGUCGCUACUGGGCAAUUAAUAUCCUGUGGUAAGUCAAUGGAUGAAAUUCAUUAGAUUAACCAUUCGAAAUAAAGCUACUGAGCAGUACUUUCCUGUGGUACUGUUUGUUAUGCUAUACACGGUGGUUCUAAGUUCGUAGAUAAAAUCCAUAAGAGAAACCAUUCAAAUGAGCAGUGCUAUACUGGAUUUUAUUGACUAAGUAAAAUGGUAACUUGACCGUAAAUAAAUCCCAUCUUCUGAAAAGUUAAAGAUGUUUAAUAACAGAAAUGGUAUUAUUAAGGUCAGGAGGACUGUAGUUUGUACUAUUCUGACUCUAGAACAGAUUUUUGGUCUGACAAAUGCUUCUUUCAUAUUGUUCUUCCUAGGUUGAGGAGCUGACGAAUAAAAACGAAGAAGAAAAGAAAGAAUUUGAAGAAAAAGUACAAUCCGAGCGCGAAACAUUUGUCUGGUUAACCAGUGCCAGGCUUCCUCUUGGGGAGGAAGGUCAUUUGUUUUAACCCAGGCCCACUCGUUAUCUGUUGUUUUGCAAAUAGUACAACUCUAACCCAUUUCUCUUUUCGGAAACGUUCUCAAGUCUAGUACCAUUUGUCACACAUUUUAUACCGACAUUUCCUUACAAAUGGUAAGCGCUCUGGGUUUUAUUAUUGUAUACUUAUUGACGAAUUAGUCAGCGUUAUGUUGCGUUUGGCCGCUAUUUUUCUUUAACAACUGAUAAAAAUUGUCUUUUUCGUUUUCCAAAGCCGGUUUACGCGCUGCGGAUUGAAAUCUGUGUUAUGGCGAACAAGAGAAUUAGUUAUCUUUUCAAAAUCCCAUAGCAUAUUGCAGGCCUAUUUCAGAUCAAUUUGAAUUUCCGCCAUUUUGUACUCACUAUCCUCACUACCAAAACAACUCAAACUCGUCCUAGGUCCUCUCGGUGAACGGUUCAAUAAUCUGUCAAUUUUGCUGCACGAUUGACGUAAUGGGGUCAAUGUUGCAAAAUUCGUCCAAAUUUCGUCGACAAUAGCUGGUUAUGAUGAAUUAUGUGUGGGAUUUUAGCCAAUCAGAAACGGAGAAAUAUCUUGAAGGGGCUGUGUCACGCGUGGCUAGUUCAUUUUGUUUAUUUUGCCAGUGACGCAUCCUCUUUUGUUAUAACUCUUGCGGAAUUACCUGUAAAUGACAAAAUGGAUCAACUGGGAAGCUGCCCGCCUACCCCUCCCCUAAGCUAACAUUAACACUUACUUCUCACUUGGGGUCAAAAUGAUGGCGGGUAGGUGGGCAGUUUCCUAGAAACCUAAAUUAAUCCGACAAAAUCAUAACUUUGCAUCAAAAAAAAUAUAUAUCUCCCAAGCAUUAUAUCAGCCGUAAUAACUUUGAAAAACUGUUAGGCUAACAGGUUUUGAAAAAACAAAAUUGAAAUCCGUUUCAAUCUUCUUAAGGUUUGUCCAUCCGUGCUUCCUUUUACAUCUGUGAUGUUGUUUAUACCUUCUUUUAACUUUUAAAGCGGUUGUUUUAAUGUCUCAGUCAAUUUGGUGGCUGAUUCCUCGUUUCAAAUCUUGAUAGAUUUCGUGACACAGCCGCCUAAGUUAGGUCCACAGAUCACGCUAACGAUUCACAGCAUGUAACAAGUUCUGAAAUGAAGCUUUUUUUUCGUCAGCACCUGGCGAAGGCUACAUCGACAUCAAGGAUGACACUCUGUGGGCAGACGAUGAUGAUCUUGUCCCUGUGGAUCUUAACAAGCUUCCUGCCCGUGCGUUUGUGACGUACAAAUUUGGUUCGUUCAUUGUAGACUUACUUGCUGUUCAUUGCCACCAUCUUCCAGUCACUCUCCUCCUGGCAGACAAACUUCCUCCGAAUAAGCAUCUCCAGAGGAACGCGUAUCGCAAUUCCUUCUUUUACGACGCUAACAACCGCAUUCUUUACGUGCGUGCCGAACGAAUGGAUAAUGUUGGGGAGUUCGUGCUUGUUCUAGUUCACUGUCUUUCUCAUAUCGCUGCCGGUGAUCUCCGUGACGACUCUCAUCCUGGCUUCCUGAAAGAAUUNAAUUGAAAUCCGUUUCAAUCUUCUUAAGGUUUGUCCAUCCGUGCUUCCUUUUACAUCUGUGAUGUUGUUUAUACCUUCUUUUAACUUUUAAAGCGGUUGUUUUAAUGUCUCAGUCAAUUUGGUGGCUGAUUCCUCGUUUCAAAUCUUGAUAGAUUUCGUGACACAGCCGCCUAAGUUAGGUCCACAGAUCACGCUAACGAUUCACAGCAUGUAACAAGUUCUGAAAUGAAGCUUUUUUUUCGUCAGCACCUGGCGAAGGCUACAUCGACAUCAAGGAUGACACUCUGUGGGCAGACGAUGAUGAUCUUGUCCCUGUGGAUCUUAACAAGCUUCCUGCCCGUGCGUUUGUGACGUACAAAUUUGGUUCGUUCAUUGUAGACUUACUUGCUGUUCAUUGCCACCAUCUUCCAGUCACUCUCCUCCUGGCAGACAAACUUCCUCCGAAUAAGCAUCUCCAGAGGAACGCGUAUCGCAAUUCCUUCUUUUACGACGCUAACAACCGCAUUCUUUACGUGCGUGCCGAACGAAUGGAUAAUGUUGGGGAGUUCGUGCUUGUUCUAGUUCACUGUCUUUCUCAUAUCGCUGCCGGUGAUCUCCGUGACGACUCUCAUCCUGGCUUCCUGAAAGAAUUUCAUCAUGCUCUCGCUGUCUUAUGCGAUGACUUGUUCUUUGCGCGUUACAGGCGUUCCUCUGCGCUUGCACGCACGCUGUCGUCACUUCCGGAAAAUGAAGACCUUGAGAGUGCCAGUCGGGUGUUGCUUGAAUCAGUGUUUGGCGACGCACAUGCUGAAGCUGAUAAAUCGAACGUAGUGGAAGGGCUGCUGGACGCGAAGUUGCUGCGGGGUGCAAACAAAGACGGCGUACAUUUCACUCAUGACGCCAUCGUGGAACGCUUGUCGAAGUACAGCAACUUUGCCGUUGAGUCCAAGUUGCGAUCUUUCUUAGGUGAUGUCGAAGAUAAGUCUAUCCAAGCGCGUUUGCAGGGUACGGAUGAAUUCAUUGACAAGAGAUUGCAAGAGCUCCAAGGUCCACAGACCAAGGACCGGCCUAUGUCACGCUACGUUCAGUCACGCGGUAAUUUGAUGACUCGUGGAAUGUCACGUCAAACCUCCCGUGCCAUGGCAACAUCACGCACUGCCACUGGCUUGCCAAUCUCCGGAAAAUCUUUGCCAUCUCGGCCAAAGGAAGAUGAGGACCUUUACAAGACAUUCCUGCAGGUAUGUCUUAUAUAUUCCACUAGACAAUGCCUUUCAACAUAUUUACCUUCAUUAUUUAAAUUCAUUAUACUAAGUAGGAAAUGUGGAAUAUUUCUAAUGAAAAAGGUCAUGAUAAUUUCUUUUGAUAUUUUGACCAUUUUGAUUAAUUCCUCUUACGCGCUUGCUUUGUUUGAAAUCGGUCGUUACCUCUUAGUUUCUUCUUGUAUUCAGUAGCGACAAAAUAAACGUGAACCGCCCAAAAUUCUUUAAAUCACGAGGCGCCGCUUUAAAAAACAAUAUAUAAUAGCGGACUGUUUCUUUUUAGAGAGAUUUAUUGUUUUCCGUUGACUUUUAGGUUCAAGUGGAAGACAUGCAGGACACUGUCGAUACCUUGAACCAAGAGUUUGCGCAACUUUCCAGAGAGGCACUCGACGUCACCACAAACUUGCGUGAACUCGAACAAGAGCUUCUCGCGCAAACCGAUCUCUUGAGGGAGUCAGCAGAGGGCAGCACCGAACAUGCGCAACACAAGAAUGCAGUUCGUGAAACAACGACAAAGAUCACCACCGCGAAGGGUUCCCUAGAAUCUAUUGCGUUGCAAAAGAGUAACUGCUUAGAAAGACUUAACUUGUUCAAGAAACGGCUUGAAGAGAAACAAGCUCAACUACAACAACAUGAAAGCAAACCAGAAAGCGAAAGGAAACAACAGGCAGAGAGAAAGUUGCAGUCCGCCAUGGGCAAAUCACCAAAAAAGAAGGCAAAAAAGUAA